GUCCAUCGCUAACUGCCGCUCCGACAUUCCCGAAGCAUCGCAACCGGUCGCGCGGUACCGAAACGUUCACUUGGUAAGGUCACACCGUAUACGGCAUUCGGCGGUACACACGAAACAUUUUCAAAUUCCUAAUUUGGAACGCGUCCGUGAAAAAUACAAAAAUCCAGUGAAUUUGAAUUUUCUAUAUCGGUGUAUUAAGUGACAGUGUUGUGGACCUUCGAACGUUGUUCCCUGUUACCGCUAUGCACAUGGUGGCGUGACACCGGGUUGACGUGACUCAAUCCGCGAGAUGUCGCAGCCGCCGGGGCGCGGGCGCGCGCGGCCCCCGGGGCCCGCCUCCCCCCUCAACUACCGUCCCCCGUCCCCAUGGGCGCCGAGCCCUCCCCCACUCAUCUCAGGACCUAGGCACUCUACAGCCAUCGUUACCCCACCACCAGUCCAUCCGUCCCCAAAACCAUUUCGACCACUCCAUUCUCCCCACACAUUACGACAGCAUUCUCCCUCACCCAGUUCUCAUUUCUCCAUCUCUCCCUACGCGAUGUCUCCGAUCUUGGGCCAGAGUCCGGAGUAUUACUACUCGUCCCCUUACGAGCCAGUGCGGGAGUACGACUACGCGGGCGUGCCGCUGGAGCCGCCUCCGCCGCCGCGGCCCAUGAUAUACGAGGAGGACGAGGAGGAGCGAGGACCCUCCACCGCGGAGAUCAUCGCCCAGCAGUCACAGGAAGGCUACGUGGACGAGAAGCUAGCAGAGUAUCAGGCCACGAUUCAGUUAUUGCAAGAUGAACAAGAAAGAGUACAAAAGAAAACUUUCGUCAAUUGGAUCAAUUCACAUUUGUCGAAGCGCAUCCCACCUCUGCACAUAGUGGACCUCAUUCACGACCUUCGCGAUGGAACCAAACUACUGGCGCUGCUCGAAGUGCUGUCUGGGGAGAAACUGCCCAUGGAACGCGGCCGAGUCCUCCGACGCCCGCACUUCCUGUCGAACGCGAACACGGCGCUACGCUUCCUCGCCGGCAAGCGCAUCAAGCUGGUGAACAUCAACGCCGCCGACCUGGUGGACGGCCGGCCGGCGGUCGUGCUCGGACUUAUCUGGACCAUCAUCCUCUAUUUCCAGAUUGAGGAGAACAGCCGGGCACUAGAGUACCUCGGUGGGUCACGAUGUGCUUCAGUCAUGUCGCACGAGUCGGGGGCGGCCACCCCGACUCAGCGCGCUGAAGACAAGUGGAAGCAAGGCGCUAAGAAGACUCUGCUGCAGUGGGUCGCCAAUGCUUUGCCGAAGGACUCUAACAUCCAAGUGACAGAUUUCGGUCCAUCUUGGCGCGAUGGUGUCGCAUUCCUUGCGAUCAUCGACGCCAUCAAGGCGAAUCUGAUCAACUUGGCCGAGAUGAAGCGAAAGACAAACAGACAGCGUUUAGAACACGCGUUCGAAGUAGCCGAGUCGAAACUUGGCAUCGCCAAGCUAUUGGAUGCCGAGGAUGUGGACGUCGACAAGCCUGAUGAAAGGUCCAUCAUGACAUAUGUAGCCCAGUUCCUGCAUAAAUAUCCUGAACCCAAGACGACAGGACCGGAUGCCGUAGCGGCAGUGCAAGAGGAAUACGAAUCUCUUAGAAUGUGGUUGACGGAGCGCGUCACCACAGUUCAAAGGCAAUACGACUCGCGAACACUCUCGCGAAACUACGAAGACUACGUGCGAGCCGAAGGCGAAAGGCUCGCCCGAGAACCUAUUUACCAGAAAUUAGAAAAACUCAUGUAUACCCAAAGCUUAGUUGCGAUCGCGCCCAAGUCAUGGCGCGAACUCGUCUCCUUGUGGAUAGAAUUAGAAAGACUGCACAGAAGAUGGUUGUGGCUUCUAGACUCAGACCUACCAGGAGACUUUAGAAAUGUCGGCGAAUGGUUAGCGAGGGCCGAAUACCUUUUAUACUUUGAUGAAAUCCCCACUAGCUUAGACGAAAGAACCGCUGCUAUAAUCAGCGAAAAAUUAGAGGAACAUAGUGCGUUCUUUGCGGGAAUACCCGAAGUAAUCGACAGAUUUGAAGCAGCACUAAGAUCACCUGACGCUGCUAGAAUUCCAGGCGAAAGGUUACAUGAUUUGAAGGAGCGGCUCGAGACAGUCAGUCGAAGAGCACCACAGAGGAAAGCCAGAUUAAAGUACUUGGAACACAAAUGUUGUAUUGUAGCCUUCACAGAGUUGACUAAAGCUAAACUUGCCGCGUGGACCGGCAAGUAUGGUCGCAUCGACCACGUACGUGCCUUAUUAGAAGAUUAUGAUAAUUUCGUAACUAAGAAUAAGAUUUUCCAGGAAUUCGAUAGAGCUUACGUUGAUAUUAAGCAAGUAGCGGAAGAGUACAAGAGGGUGUGUGAAGUAGAUAGAGCUGAAGCUAGAGAUAUCGAUACCUUCUUGAAGGAGGUGGCAGAGACUUGGCGGCGCGUGUCCUCUGACGUAAGGUGCGCCCGCAGUGUGCUGGAGGAGGUGAUCGCUCACUGGGAGCGGUGGAACACGCUCGCUGAUGACUUCACCUCCUGGCUGGACAAGGCCCAGCACAUGCUGAGAGUGUCCGAAGACGAGAGAUUAGAGUUCUUCCAAGACCUCACUGUUUGGAAGGAGAAACACCAACUUUUGGGCGAUGCUGCUGGAUUCUUGGCUGCGACUUGCUCAGAGGACAUCAGCCAAGAAAUCAAGAGGAAAUAUGUGGAGAUCACUGAACGAUGGGAGAGAGUUUGGGAAGAAGCUGAACGUUACGUCCGUGGUGGCGAUGCUCUUCGCAACCGCCGCGAGUUGAGCGCUGGCGUUCGCGCCCUGGACGCUUGGCUCGCUAGCGCUGACUCCUUGCUUGCGCGUCAGCCUCGCGCCCACACCGCGCACAUACAGGAGUACAUCGACCAGUUACUCCAUCUCAACUCUGAGAUUGAACACCAUGAAGAGUUGUUCAAGACUAUCAGCAGAACCUUCCAAAACGCAAUCGCAGAGAUGCCCCGUGAUGAGGUAGAAGCAAACAUGGCGAAGCUGAAACAACAAAAGGAAGCGCUAGUCCGCGUCCGCGCGACGGUACCGGUCAAGUUGCAUCAAUACAGGCAGCUGCUAGUCCAGCACGAGUCGCUGGAGAGCGGGCAGAAGGAGAUCGGCUCCUGGCUGGACAAGGCUGAAGAGGCACUCAGGACAGGAGGAGAAACCAGGCGUGAGGUUAUCUCAGAGCGUUAUGAGAUCCACCGCACGUUCUUCUCCCGCACCACGUACUACCGGUCCAUGUUGGAGAGCAAGAACAAGGUCUUCCAGAACAUCGUGAAGGCAGCUGACGCCGACAAGAGCGCUGACGUCACAGAACAAGUCAGACUCAUGAGGGAUCUUAAUGAGAGGUUUGCUCACGUAUCAUCGGAAGCUACACGCCGAGAAGCAGAUCUCCAGCGCUUAGUCCGAGCCUGGGAAGAGUUCGAAACCAAGAAGCGCGCUGUAGAAGAGUGGGCUUCAAGAGCCGAGGCCUUAUUGGCUGACAACAGAGUUGACUCGAAGCAGGCUGUGGACUUCCAUAAGAGAUUCUUCCAGGGAGCUGAUGAGAGGGCUGUCUCUGAAUUAGUUCGAUCAGGCCGCGAGCUUAUUGAGCUCGUCAGUGAGGACGAGCGUCCCCGCGUAGUGCAGACAGUGGAGCAGCUGCAGCAGCGCUGGCGCUCGCUCCUGGACCGCGCGCCGCCGCACCUCAUGCGGCUGGAGUUCCGCCUCGACGAGGCCGUCUUCCAGCACUGCAUCAAGGAUAUUGAGAAGGAAAUCGUCUAUGAAGAACAGGCAUACAAUCAAAGCGACGACGCUGAUGGAAUACUCAUCCGAAACGAGGAGUACUUCCGCAACCAAGGCAAGAUCAUGCAAGUGGAGCAUUGCCUUCAGAACCUCCACAAGAUUGCCACCAGCUACACACAUCAAACUAAUGACACGUCUUUGGAAGAGUCUGUUAGGAAGUGUGAGCAAAUGUGGGAGUCUACAGUUCACAGGGUGGAACACUUCAGACAGCAGUUGCAGAGGAUCCCGGCGAAGUGGGAUGCUUACAGAGAGAAGUUUAGGGAGAUGGAGCGGUGGAUGGACCACGUGGACAAGACCAUGGACAGCAUCGUCAGGGAAGUGGACUCUGCUGAGGCUUUUGAAAGAGAGAAGACUAUCUUCCAGAAUAUCUGCCGUGAAGCUGACAAGAAACGCGAGGACAUGAAAUGGCUCGUCCAAACUCUGGACAUGCUCACAAACCAUUGCUCAGAACAAGAAGCUCAAGAGGAGCAAAUUAAACUUGAAAACCUCAUCGCAAGGUACAAGAACCUGAUCCCAACUAUUGAAAUUACUAUGAUUAAGACUGAGACGUACACAAGAUGCUAUACUUACCGCCGUGAAGUACACGAAGUUAUAUGCAUACUUGAAACAGCUAAAGAACAAGCCAUGGUUGAACCAGAACCGCAGUCUCUUCAACAUGUUGAGCAACUUGUUCUCGAACAACAGGCUGCUGUACAGAAGCUUGACCGCCACCGACCUUCAGUCAUGUCAAUGUUACAACGAGGCAAGGACCUCAUCAAGGAUGCAAAUGCGCCCGCAUUUGUUAGAGAAGACGUAAGGAACCUUGAAUCCGGCUGGAAUACAGCCUACGAGACUUCUACUGACCGUCUCCACAAACUGCGUGAUACGCAGAAGGUCUGGUCUAACUACGAAUACCAGAAGGAGGAGCUGCUCUCAGACCUUGACAAGAUUGAGGGUUACAUCGCUCACCCAGGCCUUGAACUUGGUGUGACCAACAUUGGUCGUGAACUCCAAGAAACACGAACACUCAAAACUGAUAUUGAAAAGGCGAAGACAGAGCGGUUCCCACAGCUGCAACAAGCCUACUCUGAACUGCGUACGCUUACAGCUGACAAACCCAAACCAGUUAUUGAGAAAGACUUGGAAACUAUCGGACGUAAACUUGAUAGAGUAGAAGAUGAAGUCGACUCUAAAGUGGAACACCUUGAAAAGUUCAAUGAAGAAUGGGUUAAAAUUGAACAUAAACUUGAACAUGUCAGAGAAUGGAUUAAGAAAGAAAGUCCAGUUCUUAUCCAACAAAUUCGUUCAGAAAAUAUAACCCCUGAAGAACGAGUCAUCAAGUCUCAAUCAUUACAAAAAGUAAUUGCAGAGAAGCUCGAUAUCGUGCGAAGUGUUGCCGACCAAGGAACCAAGUUGGCCGUCGAACACCGUGUCCAGGAUGCAAACAGACUAAAAAGUGAGGUUGCGUUGCUGGAGAAGAUGAUGGCUGAUCUUCAACGGUCCACUGAACACCAAACUAAAGUUGUUGAACAUGACUUGGCAAGCUGGCAGAAGUACCAGAAAGGAGUUGCUGAAAUCAAACCUUGGAUCGAAGAAGCUGAGCUGAAGUUGGGUAACGUUCCUAAGCCUGCAACAUUACCCGAAGCCCAGCAACUGCAACAACAAUCGAAGGCAUUAGUUACUGACUGUGACAAACAGCUGAUGAACUUGCAAAUCUUAUCCAGCGUCAGCCACCAACUAUCAGGCAAAACAAGUGCACCUGAUGAAGUCGAUGCCAUCCACUCUAGAUGGGCUGUAGUACAUGACUUAGCUGACCAAUGGAACAACAAAUUAGAUAAACUCGUUACUAACUGGGAGAACUUUGAACGCGAAGCUGAGAAGUUAGAAUCAUGGAUAGAAAAUGGCGAAAAACUUCUGAGCAGUCGAAGUGUAUCCAUUGACUCGCCACAGGUCGAAAAAUUAGAUAGGGAGUUGAACAAACUCAAAUCUUUCGGAAAUGAAAUCUCACAACAACAAGCUAAAAUUAUUAGUUUGUCACAAACUUGUGAUAAUAUUUGCCAUAACAUUCAACCUGAAGGUGCUACGUUACUAAAGAACAAAGUAUCUGACAUUAAACAGCGCACCAAUGAUUUGGCUGAAACAGUGAGGGCCAGAGUCAACGAGCUCUCAGACAAAAUAAUAGUGAGGCAGGAAUUCAUGACCAAGUUACACAACUUUGACAAUUGGAUUACAGACUUUAGAAGAAAGACAGAAAGCUACGACCAAAUCGCAGCGGACAAAGUUGAGCCUACAUUACAAUCGAUGCAUGUUUUGUUACAAGAACAUGCUGCCAAAGCUCCCGAAUUCACAGAUAUUUACAAUGAAAUCAAGAAUAUGACACUGGCUUCACACCCCGAUGAGUCUCGGUCGUUAAGUGAAACUUACUCCAACAUCGCUCAACAUUAUCAGAUCAUUGAAAAUAAUAUUCAGCAGAACAAGGCAGUGCUACAGAAAUGGUCUGACCUCCUUAACUGGUAUGAUGAGUCCAAACAGCAACUUAAUCACAUUCAAUACCAGAUUGAAGGUCCUAAACUAACACCAGAAAGUUAUGAAAUCUUAAGGCAAGAACUGGUGAAUGUUAUUACCAAAAUUCCGGAAUGGAAGAGUAACGUCGCCUUACUGGAUGGUCCUUCACGAGUGAAGGUAACUGACCAAAACACUGGCCGAAUCAUGUCACCCACAAGUAUCGUUAAGGAAAUUGAAGCUAAAGCAGAAGCUUUACUAAACCAAGUGACAAACAAGAGAGAUCUAGUUCAGAAGGUUGGUGCUAGAUGGGACAAAUUCAAUAUUCAACACAAUGCGUUGUCGGAAGUGUUACAUAACGUGCAAGCUGCUCUUAACGAAAUGUCACAGAAGACUGUUCCUUUAACUGAAGCUACAAUUCAAGAUAUGACGGAACAAUUAGACAAAAUUGAUGCUGAAAUGAGAGAAAAGCAGUCUAUAAGGAAGGAAUUAAGAGAAGAAGGGUUACACUUGAUGAGAGAAGAUCAGCCGAACAUGGGCACCAUCCAAAAUGCCCUCUCUACUGCUGAUAAUAACUGGGACCAAAUUGUGAACGCUGUGCGUGAUACUAAGAACAAGUACAUUUUCCUGUCAUCAACGCUACACGAAUUGAAGAACUUUACCGUUGCCUUUGAUAGGGAAAUGAGUAGAGCUGAACAACUGUACAAUGACUGCAAAGAUGCACCCAAUGAUUACGUUCAAACUGGUCAGGCCUUGGAGAAGGCCAAGAAGUCGUAUGAAAUACUUAAGAGAUCAAAAGGUCUUUUAGACCAAAUGGAUGUUAUUAAGCAAUCAAUCCUUAAACAGGCGUCGACAUUAGGAGGCUUCGACACAAGUCCGCUUGAAGAGGCCUUCUUAACAUCUCAAACCCACUGGGAGAAGGUAAACGACGCAGUCAUCAAGAGAAUACAGGACCUUGAGUCACAACUUAUUGUUUGGAGGCAAAUUGAUGACACAAAGAAUCAAGUCAUUACCUGGCUUAGUGAGACUGGUCAAAACUUAGCCAAUGCUUGCGACAAUUUAGAAAUUAGAUUUGGACAAAGUCAUCUGACAAAAUACAAAGAAGAACUACCAAUCUAUACAGGACUGAAGAACAGCAUUAAGGCAAAAUGUGAACAGAUUACAAAUCUGAAUAAAAGCAUCCCAGUGGGCCAAGUGUCGUCAAUAAUUGAUUACUUAGAUAAGGAGUUUGCUUCUCUACAGUCAUUGGCUGAUAACUUAGAGAGUGCUGUAUGUUCGCUUGGUACUAAAGAAAAUAAACUAAAGGAACAUAUCAAACGCCUUUCUGAUAGUGUAAGCAAAAUCCGUGAUGACAUUAUUAAGUGUGACGAUAUGACUGGCGAUAACGCGAAGAUUCUCGAUCGUCUAAAGAAAUGUCAAGCAUGCAAAGCAGAGCUUCAAAACUUAAGCGAAGAAAUUGACAAUUUGUCUAUGAAUGUUUCAGAAAUGAACGACAAUUAUCCAGGUUUCUAUGAAUCAUUAGUUCCCAAGGAGCUGAGCACUUUACAGAAAAGAUUUGAGAGCGUUUUAGUACAUGCAAACAAAACUGAAAUUACUUUGUUGACGUUCUUGCAAAAGCUCUUCACUGAUAAACUAGCAAUGUUCAACAGAAACCUUAAGAUCUUGGACGACAAAACAAGGUGGUGUAUGCCUGAUGUCACGAGCGAUAAGUACAACUUGGAGGUUAAGAGUGCUGCUCUUCUAGACGUAGAAAAUGGCAUCGCUGAUUGUAAGAGUAGGAUCACAGAAUUACAAGAAGCUCGCGAUAUUCUUAAAGUUGUAGCCGAGCCUGCUUGUGCUCAAGAAGCGGCACAGCAGACAGAGAAAGCUCAAAAGAAUCUUGACGUCCUUACCGCUAACUACGAUGAAAUCAAGAACAGACUUAAAGAAAAUAUCGACGCUUGGCAAGAAUAUGAAGUACUUCUGGAUAGUGUUUCAGAAUGGUUAAAAGAAAAAGAAAACAAAGUUAGACAAGAAGCUGCUAACUUACUCACUCUUGAUGAAAUUGACGCUAAAAUAGCUGAAGUUGAGCAUCUAAAUCAAGAAAUUAAAGAAUACGGCGGUGAAGUCGGUAAACUUACGGAGAUCGGAGAAAAGAUCUUAUCUCGUAACCCUGACUCUCGUGUCUUACAACACAUAAACCACUUAGUCACCAGAUAUCAAACCGUUGGCAAGUUUAUGGAUAGCCACCUGAACAGGCUUAAAGAUCUAAAAGACAACAAAGGAAAGUAUGAUAAAUCGAUCAAAGAAUUCAAGGACUGGCUACAAGAUGCUAACGCUAGUAUCAAAGACUUGGCAGCAAUGAGCAAACACGCUAAGCCUUCGCCAGCUGAUCUUGCUCAAGUCAAAAAACUUAACGAAAAUAAAGAAAUCGGUCAAAGACUUCUAAACAACGCAAUCGAAUCAGGUGAAGCCCUUUUCAGUGGCAUCACUCCUGAGGGACGUGAACAAGUUCGUAAUGAACUAAGAGCUUUGAGAGAUUACUUCGAAGACUCAGUCGAUUCUCUUAACAAUGUAAUCAAGGACAUUGAAACAACUAUUAACAAGAGAUCAUCAUUUGAUGAUACAUUUAACCAAGUUCAAAAAUGGAUCAGUGAUAAGGAAAAGGAUCUUGGUGAGUUUAAGCUUUGCCCGACUUUACCUGAAAAGAAAGCUCAACUUCACGCAAACAAGAUAUUACACCAAGAAGUUGAGCUCCACCAAUCUAUGAUUUCACAGUUGACUGAAAAGAUCAAGCUGAUGCCUGACGAAGAAGCUGAGAAGAGUCUUUCAAAAACCAUCGAGAGGUACAGGGAUAUGUCUAAAGAACUUGAAAAGAGGAUAUCCACAUGUGAAGGCCACGUUGCCGAACAUGAAAGAUACGUUCAAAUGUUUGAAGACGUCCGCGAUCGUCUUAACCACAUUGUUGCUGAGAAUAGCAUGCUGAACUACGGAGCUGUUACUCAGAAAGAUGACGUGGAUGCCAAAAUUGCUGCCAUUGAGAAAGUUACAAUCAAAGCCAGAGAUAUCCAAACUGCUCUGGGUGGUCUUAAGAUGCAGUUAGAUACUGUCAUCGAAUCAACAAGUCCUAACGGACAUCCUGUACUCAUUAGUGAGUACGAACAGCUCAAGGUUACAUGGGACCAAUUAGCAACGCAAUGUAAGGAACAGGAUAAGAAACUUAAAGAUACUUUGAAACAAUGGACUGAAAGUCAAAAGACAUUGGAUGAACUGGAAGAGUGGUUAAAGGUUAAAGAAAACCAGGUCAGAGAUCAAAGUCUUAAGAGCAAUCUGGAAUCUAAAAUUGCUCAUUUGCAGAAAGUCAAAGAAAUCCAGGCCGAACUCUCUGCAAGAAGUGCUGAUUUUGCUGCAUUGACUGAUACUAAGCAAAAUGUGGCCACAGAGUCUGAACUUACCAAUAAGACUUCCAAAUUGGCUACACGUUAUCACACACUUAACAAUCUUGUGAAUGAAAUUAUUUCCAAGUAUGAAGUUUUCGUAUCAGAACACCAAACAUUCGAAAAUGAAUAUACCAACAUGGAAAAUUGGCUUAUGGGAAUGCUCGGCGAAUUACAAGAUCUUAAUGAGAUUGUAGGAGAUUAUGCGGUCUUACAAGAAAAACAAAAUAAGGCUAAAGAGCUUUAUGAGACAAGAAACAAGAAGACUCCUGCUUUCGAGGAAUUCUUGAGCCUGGGCGAAAAGUUGUACACACAUACUAGCCCUGACGGCAGAGAAGUUAUUCGUCAAAAGAUCCGCAAGAUUAGAACGUUGUGGGACAGCUUUGGCGACAGCUUCCAGGAAACUGUCAACAAGUUAGAUCAAUGCCUCUUACAAUUCUCAGACUUCAGUCUAGCUCAAGAACAACUGACUAAAUGGCUGAAGGAUGUUGAAAGAGCAAUGCAGCGCCACACCGAGCUUAAAGCUUCACUGGAAGAGAAGAAGGCACAAUUGCAGAACCACAAGAUAAUGCACCAAGAAAUAAUGACACAUCAACAGUUAGUUGAAUCGGUUUGUGACAAAGCUCAGCAGCUCGUCGAUCAAACUCAUGACGCGUCCCUAAACGUUUAUCUACAAUCAAUCAAACAAUUGUUCCAAAACAUUGUCACUAAAUCACAGAAUCUCCAAGACAACUUGGAAGACUGUGUAAAGAGGCACGAAGAUCUAGUGCGGUUGAUUCAACAAUACAAAGAAUGGCUAGGUUCACAGUCUGAAAAACUUCUUGACAUAGAAAACGCGACUGGUGAAAAACCCGAAAUAAUAAGGAAACUACAGUCUGCAGUUGCCUUGAAGGAUAUUGAAAAAGUUGGCUCAAGCAAACUUGAUGAAAUAAGAGCAGUGUUUGCAAAUGUCAGUAAGAGCACAUCCGAAGCUGGCAACACAGCUAUCAAGGCAGAAAUUGACAACUUACACGACCAGCUUCGUAACGCUGUUGAAAGUAUUGGAGCUUCAGAACAAAAACUCAAGCACACAUUGGACAUUUGGAACAAGUUCGAUUCAUCAAUAGAAUCAAUCACAGAAUGGCUUAAAGACAUGGAAUCAAAAUGCCGUGACCAAAGUCUUUGCUCAACCCUUAAUGACAAAGAAGCUCAGUUACAGCGAUAUGUUGAUCUUCGUAAUAGCAUCAAUGCUAAGGAGAAGGAGAUCGACGCGUUCGUAGAUGAAUCACACAGCCUUAUCCAACUCAGUGGUACUGAACGACUUAAACCCCUUGUGACGCAAGUCAGCAGCCGUUACCAACAGCUACAUCUGAUUUCUAAAGAAAUUGUUAACCACUGGUCAGAAUUGGUUGGCGAUCACAGAAAAUAUGUCCAACUACGUAGUGAAUUUGACGCUUGGCUAAAACCAUUAGAAGAACAACUAUCUCAAAUGGUAACCAAAGAAGACAAAUUAAGUAUUGAGAGCAAAGGCAACAAGCUUCAAGUGUUUUUAAUGGAGAGAGAAAACGGCGAACACAAGAUUGGUAUACUGACCACAGCCGGUGACAAAGUACUGCCUGAGACAGCAGCAAACGGCAGAGAAAACAUUCGUGCCGAAAUAAGAGCCCUGAGGGAAAGAUGGGACAAACUUAACGACACAAUUCUUCAACAACAGAAAGAAUACGAGUCUCAGACUUUACAAUGGUCAAGCUACCAAGAUGUUUUGCAACAAACUUUAUCUUGGCUUGACGAGAAAGAAAAAAUAGUGGACGGUGAAGAAAAGGCUGUACUUAAUUCAGCUCAAGAGAUUAAGUCCAAAUUACUCAAGAAUAAGACUUUGUUGCAAGAAAUAUAUUCACACAAGAGGGUUAUAGAAACUGUCACAGAGAAGGCGAAGAGUGUUUCUGCCACUUUGCACUCAGGAAAGGGAGAGAGCGAUGAAAUGGCUGCUAUCAUAAAAUCUGUGUGGGACCGAUACAACGCCUUGACAAACAGAUUGACGGGCAUCAUCGAUAAACAUGAAAGCACAUUUGACAUUUACCAACAAUUCGCUGAUCAACAGAAGUCACUACAAGAUUACCAAAAGCAUCUUUGGGAUCGUCUUCACUUGUUGUCAGAUUUCACUGGCAACAAAGCUGCUUUACAAAGCAAAUUGGCUAAAAUCCAGGAACUACUUGAUGCGAUCCCAACUGGAAACAACAAAUUGAAGAUGUUGUCUGACUUGAUUGAGAAAAAUAACGCAAGACUUUCGCCGAGAGGUAGAGAUGGCAUGUCCAGAGAACUGAGCCUUCUCAGAGCAGAUUUGGAAAAAUUCACUGCAACUGUUCAUGAUGUGAAACGUGGUAUUGAAGACAAAAUACAGCAAUGGAUCGAGUUUGACAGCGCCAACGACCGUCUCCAACAUUGGCUGAGUGACACCGAGAUGAGCUUGAAGACAUACACUCCUAAGGCAACCCUAGACGAAAAGGUGGAUCAACUGAACAAAUAUCAGGCUAUCUUGGCUAACUUGAAGAAGACUGAGAACGAUGUUGACAAAUUAACAGACGAGUUCAGUGAUCUUAUUGAAAACUGCAACGAUACUAGGAUCACAAUGAACUUACAACAAAUGACAUCAAGGUUCCAAUCAGUACAGUCAACUGCAAAGGAGCUUGUUAAGAAAUGCGAGCAAGCCGUCAAUGACCACAACGCUUAUCAAGAAAAGUACAACCAGUGCAAUGAUUGGUUGAAGGCUGCUCAACUCAAAUUCGACGAGUGCAAAGAAAACUUGUCUAACACACCUGAAGGCAUUAGUGCUAAGCGAGAAAGCCUUAACGACCUGCUUAGUCAGAGACGUAACGCUACACUCCUCGUUAACAAUACUUUUGAACUUGGAGAAAAGUUAUAUCCCUCUACAUCGCCUGAAGGAAAAGAGAUAAUAGAACAACAGUUGCAUGAAAUUCAACAAGCCAUUGACAAUUUGUAUGAUAAUAUCACUAAAGCUGAGCGGGACCUUGAUUCAGAGCUCAACAAGUGGUCGUCGUUCGAAGACAACCUUAAAUCAGUACAGAAAUGGUUGUCUACGGCUGAGAAGAGCCUUCCAAAGGAUAUAGAACUAAAAGCUACUUUGGAUGAAAAGCGUAACCAAUUGAACGUUUACAGAACAUUCUUGCAAGACGCUAUUACUCAUCAACAAGAUAUCGUAGACUUGGAGUCUCGUGCCCAGAGUCUUCCUGAUGUGAGCAAGGACAUUUCAAAGGAAAUAAACCAACUUAAACAAAGGCAUGAUACUAUUCUGGCGAGAGCUAAAUCGUUUGUCGAACAAUAUGAAGCUAUUGUUAACAACCACCAGCAGUACACUAAAGCCGUUAAAGAGCUUGAAGAAUGGGUUGAAGCGACGCAUAACACAGCCCAAUUAUGGGGCGAUGUCAAUCUUGAACGCGUAGCCCUAAGCAGUAACUGUGAAAAACUUAAGUCCCUACAGUUGAACCUUCCUGAAGAAAAGAACCGUAUCGACAAAAUUCGAUCACUGGGAGAGAAGGUCCUACCUGGUACUAUUAGCAACGGACAAGCAAAUAUUAGAAACCAAAUUGAUGCUUCACACCAAGAAUGGGAAGGCCUGGUAUCAUUUAUUAAUAAGACUAUCGAGUCAUUGGAAAGCAAGAUCCAACAAUGGAAUGAAUACGAGAACAUGAAAGACCAAUGUUUGGCAUGGAUAAGAAACACAGACAACCAAAUACAUGCCGUCGACUUAAAGGCCACUUUACCAGAGAAGCAAGAACAGUUUAAGAAGUUCCAGGAGUUGCAAGGUGAAGUGCGUGCUAAAGAGCUAGAGAUCGACAACAUCACAGAAAAGGCUCAACACUUGCACACCAGUGUAUUUGGACCGCGUGCAUCUCAAAUAUCAGAUCUAUCUGUGAAGUAUCAAACUCUUUCACAAAAGGUUAAAGAUCUAACGAACAGAUGGCAGCAAUACGUGAAGACUCACCAGGAGUUUGCCAGCAAUGUUACUGAGUGCUCCCAAUGGAUUGAAGAGUUGAGAGACAAGCUUGACUUCUGCGCUGAUUUGAGUUCUUGCUCACAGGAUGACCUUGAAACUAAAUUAGUCCUUAUUCAAAACUUGUUACUUACUAAGGAUGAAGGUUUCACUAAAGUACAGUCUCUUGUAGAGCUAGCGCAAAACGUAAUGGCUAAUACUGCUCCUGCGGGUCACGAAGCAAUUAACAACUCAUUAGUUGCCCUACAAGAACAGUGGUCAGCGUUGUUGUCCAGAAUGAUUGAAACCAAAAAUAUGUUGGAUGAUUCUGUUACAAAAUGGGCAGGAUUCCUUGAACAGAUACAAUUGAUUGAAAAGAGCAACACUUACCUUGAGAACAUGUUGGCUGAAUUGACUCCAUUUGAGACUACGAUGACUGACAAAAGAGCGCAACUUGAGAAACUCAAGGAAGUUGAAGAGAAGGCCCGUUGCGACCGUUUAGACGUUGAUACAUUAAAAGCUAAAGCAGCCGAAAUGAUUGCUAGUGGCCAACAAAACCAGGCUGCAUCAAAGGCUCAACAAACAUUGAACAAGUUCGACAACCUGUAUGAUAAGGUUAAAAAACUGCUUGCUGACCGUGAAGAACAGUACAAGGACCAUAGAUUGUAUAAGGAAGCUCACGAUGAGCUCAUUCAAUGGUUAAGUAGAGCCAGAGAAAAGGUUCCUUCAUUAAAAUCGAAACCAUUGAGUGAUAAACUGGCUAUUGAAAAUUCCGUAGCUCCUCUUGAUGCUUUGAUCAACAAACAAGCUCAGGGAGAAUUAUUGCUUGAACAUCUGCAACAUACUGGCGAAGUUCUUCUAGCAAGCACAUCCUCCGAAGGACAAACUAUUAUCAAAAACGAAAUGAAAGCCUUAAAAGAAAGUUUCGAUGACCUAUUCAAUGAAAUUAAGCAACAGAAGGGUAAAUUAGAAGAAACUGUCAACCAAUGGCGUGAAUACAAAGAUGAGUACGAAAGAUUGUCUGAUUGGUUACAACAAAAAGAAAUCCUCAUUAAGAACCAGAAGUUGGCACUGCUAGGCACUGCUAAAGAAAAAGGAGCUCAAGUCAACGAGGUCAAAGAAAUUGUUGACCAGUUAAAUAAGGGUAAAGCAGAUAUUGACAAGUUCAAUGCUUCAGCUUCUGGCCUUUUGUCUUCUCACUUGGACACUUAUGUAAACAACCAGCUGCGUCACCUUAACUCAAGGUACCAAGUUCUAGUGAACAUGGCUAACGAUGUCCUUAAGAAAGUUGAAACAAACUACGAGCAACACCAGACCUAUGACGAUAAUUAUGCUAAGACCAAGAAAUGGAUUGAUGACGCUUGGGAAAUAACACGCAGUGGCAGUGAAGCUGGCAGCAACAGCAGUAAGGAAGCCCUGCAGAAGCGUCUAGAACAAAUCGAGGACUUACUUAAACGUCGUGAAGAAGGGCAGAAUCUAGUACACGCUACAGUUAACAGUGGAGAGAAAGUCCUCAGAAACACAAGGUCUGAUGGAAAGGACAAGAUCAACACCGAACUAAAAGAACUUCAGAACGAGUGGGAUCGUCUAGUGAAGAAGAUGACAACGGCUAAAGUUCAUCUCGAAACAGCCCUACUCCAAUGGGCUGAUUACAGUUCCAGUUAUUCACAACUCCAGCAAUGGAUAUCCGACAGAGAAGCAAAACUACAAGAAGUGUGUGAACAAAAAGUCGCCAAAUCCAAGAAAGGUCAAGACCGUCUUGCCGGUCUUACGGCUGGUCUUAGCCUUGGCGAGAGAAAAGCCACACUCCGUCAAACAAACAAUAUUGUGCAAGAUAUCGUUUCGUUUGAACCCAUGAUUCAGUCUGUAACUUCUAAGGCUUCAGAACUUAUGCAACAAGCUCCGGCAUCUGAAAUCACCAGCAAAUACGAGACUCUUUCUAAACAAGCCAAAGACUUGUACGAGAAACAGAAAGAGACUGUUGAACAACACCAAGCAUUUAUUAACGCUGGUGCAGACUUUGUCCAAUGGAUUAGAGCUGCCAAGGAGAGGUUAGGAAAGUGCUCUGAUGCUACCGGAGAUAAAGAAUCCUUGAGCAGUAAGAUAUCGCAACUCAAAGUGUUGGAGAGCGAACUGCCCGAAGGACAAGCUAAACUACAAAAGGCUUUGGAACAAGGUGAAAUAUCUUGUGGCUUAGCUGAUGAUGAAGAUAGAGAAGAAAUUGAAGAGGAAGUAGCUCUUAUGCAAGAAGAGUACGAUACCUACGUGGAACAACUUAACAACACUAAAGCUCUGAUCGAGGGUGGUAUCGUCAAGUGGACUGAAUACGAAGAGCAGUACAAGGAAGCCUUAGAUUGGUUGUCAAAGACUGAGAAAUUAGUGCAAUCCUUCAAUAAAUUACAGAAUAACUUGGAACAGAAGAAAGUUGUUCUUGAGGAGUUCCAAGAACAUCUUCAAACUCUAUUUGACUGGCAAGCAGAGCUGGAUAAGCUGAAUGUGCGCGCCCAGACCUUACUGGAGACCUGCGCCGAUACCAGGAUCUCUAAUGGUAUCACUCAACUCACCACCAAGUACAACGCUCUGCUAUCGCUGGCCAAGGAGGUUAUGAAGAGACUUGAACUCCAUUAUCAGGAACACCAACAGCACAAUGCUCUGUACGGCGAAUGUCAAGACUGGCUUGACAGGACUCGAGAGAAACUCAACCAAUGUGCUGAAAUACCUAACAAUUUGCCCGAAGUGAACAGCAAACUAAACACAGUAAAGCUAUUACGUCAAUCAUUGGAGCAAGGCCAGAACAAACUGAGAUACCUUCUAGAGCUUAAAGAGAAGGUGAUCAUGAACACUGAACAGACAGGAGCUGCCAAGAUACAAGAGGAUACUGACAACUUGAAACAGGAGUUUGAUAAACUGAUAGCAGACCUGCAAGACGUCAGAAAUAAACUGACGAACAGAGCGGCUCAGUUUGAUGAUAUUUCUAAGAUCCACAAACUCCUGGUGGAAUGGUUGGACGACAUCGACCAGAAGAUCCAAUCAGACGACUCUCUUCUCAACGAUCUCUCUGAGAAGAAGGCCAAGUUGGAGAAGUUCAAGACAUUUAACAGAGACAUCGAUUCUCACAAUGAUCUUGUUAAGAGAUUAAACGAGAAGUUGAAAGAAGACUCCUCGCUCAAAUCAAAGGAUAUUGUGGACACGUUGAAACGUUAUGACGGUAUCAGGAAGACUGUCAAUGAAAUGAUUACUAAACUGGAAGACUACGUGAACUCACACAUCCAAUACAAAGAAUCCUACGACAACUUCUACGACUGGAUCAGGAACUGCAAAAUCGAAAUUCAGCAGUGCUCUGACUCCCACGGUGAGAAGGAUUCGGUACAAAAGAAACUUCAAAAAGUCAACAAAAUCAUUGAGUCUCUGCCUAAAGGAGCCGCUUUAUUAGAAAAGGCAAUAAGCUUAAGCAAUGCCGUACUUGAAACUACUGGCAAUGAGGGAAAAGACAACAUCAAUCAAGAAAUUAAACAACUCAAGAUUGAAUGGGAGAACCUUCAACAGAUUUGCAAAGACACGAAGAAACUGUUAGAAAAAUGUAUCGCCGCGUGGUCUGACUACUUGGAAACAUCUGAGAAGAUGAGCAAAUGGGUGAAAGAGUUUGAUAACAAGCUGAAGUCUGUACAGAAGGUCGACAAAAUUACUCCUGAACAUCUUGACAAAUGCCGCGAACUUCUGUCUGAAGCUUUGGGACACAAGCAUGUUCUUGAAGAACUCAACGAUAGAUGUGAAAACCUGAUGGAACAGAGCGCGUGCGCGUGGGUUCGUGACAAGACAGUAAAUCUGCAAACUGAAUACACGACUCUACUUACCAAGAUUCAGGGUCUUGUUUCUAAUGGUGAAAAGAACCUUUCUGAUCACACUGAGUUCAUCAAGGCAAAAGAAGACCUUCAACAAUGGCUCGAGACUGCUCAUGGAACAGUCCAAGACUCUAUUGGAGUCGGUGAUAUUGAAAUCACUAAAGACAAACUUGAGACAGUCAAACUAGUAAACAACAGGAUGACUGAAGGUCACCACUUACUUGUUGUCUUACAAGAAGCCUUUAAGAAGGCGCUCAACAACACUCCACCAGAAGAACAAGAUGGUCUGCGCAACGAUGUCAAAGUCCUGCAGGAAAGCUGGGAUCAGUUAAAGAUUGACCUGAACUCCAUCACAGCACAACUGAAGGCUGCGAUCGGUAAAUGGGAGGACUUCGAAGAAUCUAAGAAGAAAAUGGACCAAUGGAUCAAGGACACAGAACAGAACUUGGACAAAGUACCUCCCACUGGUGGUGAGUUAGGUGAGAUGAAGACUCUUUUGGAGAAAUACAAGCAUAUCGAGGAUGAAAUUGACAACAAGAAACCAGAAUUAGACAGACUGAAGAGUGAAGCUGCCGAGCUCAGCUCAUGGGCUAAGAAACCAGCUGUCAAAGAGACCGUUACAGGAAUCGAGAAAAAAUGCAAAGCUUUACGAGCUAAAUGCGCCGCUAAGCGUGCAGAGCUAGAAUCCGAGAUCAAGGACUACAACAACUACCACCAAUCUCUACAAGACACAGAGAAAUGGCUUCUUCAAAUCUCAUUCCAACUCAUGGCACACAACUCUUUGUACAUCGCUAACAGAGAGCAAACUGAGGAGCAGCUAGCCCAGCAUGCGGUCCUUCUCGAUGACAUUCAGAAAUACCGCUCAACGUUGGACGAUCUGGAAGCUAAAGGUCAAGCUCAGAUCGAACGCUACGAAGCAACAACACCAAACAUCCGUGAAACUGUCGGCAAACAACUAAAGAAUGUCAAUGACAGUCAUAAGAGCCUGUUGGCUACUGCUCUUCAGAUCGAGCGUCGUCUGCGAGAGGGGCUUGCGAAGUUCAAGGAGUACGAAGACACUUUGGAGAGCAUCCUCAAUAACUUGGAUGAGAUGGAGCCUGCUAUCACUGAACUCGACGUACCAGUUGAUGGACUGUCUCAUGGUCGUGACCUACUGGACAAGGCUAGGGGUCUCCACAACCGCCUGCAGACGGAGAAGUCCCGUCUCUCAGCGGCAGUAGCAGCAUGCUCAGCUGCCGCCGCGUCGGUCUCCCGUCCAUCCUCGCCGGCGGACUCCGCGCCGCUGCCCGUCCCGCCGCGCGAGCUGCACGUACGAGCUCGUCUCGAAGACCUCAUCGACCAGAAACAUGUGAGCGAUGUAGGGAGCGCGCCGCGCAUAGACCUUAUACUAAAGAAUCUCGAGGGACCCGAGUUUGGGCAAAAGCUUUCGACUUUCGAAACCAAGGUACAAAGUCACUUGGAGACAUUAGGAGACGCCGUCCAUGGCAUGGAGGAAGCUAUGAAGCAAGUCUUAGAGAUCCAGGAAUGGAUAGCGGUCCACACUGCGCUGGCGCGUGACUGGCUCGCCAACCCAUCUAAGUUGAGGCCGGAGGCUGCCAAACAAGACAUGGCCGCGAUGAGCGAUGCUCUGGUCUCACUCAGUGAGAAGAGGAACAGGCUCCUCACUGAAAUACCAACCGAAGGACUUGAAGAUGAAAUUAACCUUGAAGAAGAACUAGACAACCUGGAACAGGCUAUACUGAAGGCUAUGGAAAGAGAAAAGGGCAACCAGGCCAUCAUCGAUGCUUUCCGUCACAAAUGCCAAGAAAUCCACGACUUCUUCGACGCAGUUCUUAAGAAGAUGUGCCUCGCUGACAAGGGUUCCGGUCUGCCUUGCCCACAGAAGCUCAGUGCUCUGAAGGAACUGUCCUCUGAAUUCGGACAGGCUGGCAAAGACAAGGUCGACAGCAUCAAGUCUGUUGGAUCCCAAGUGAUCAACAUCGUCAGCAAUCUGGAGUCUCAGCAGGUGGAGGAGCAAAUGAAGUCAGUGGAGCGAAGAUACAACGACAUAGCUAAGCGCAUUCAACGCAAACUGCAAAUGCUUGAGAUCACCUACAAAGCCAUUGACGGUACCAAGAGCGAAGUUGCCGCACAAAACGAAUGGAUGCAGAAGGAAAUCGACAACAUCCUUCACCCUGAACCUCUCGGAUACGAAAGCAAAUCCGUUAAAGAGAGACAGAAGAAGGUUGCCAAUCUUCUCAAAGAGACAGAUGGUAAGAAAACUGUUAUCGACUCUUUGGAAAAGAAGGUCAGCAACAUUCAAGCAGAAUUGGAACCAUCUGAACAAAUGCAAUUAGAGUCUGAACUAUCUGAACUUUCAUCUAAGCAGAAGCAACUUGCUUCUCUAAUCAAACAAGAGAUUGAGAGACUCGGUGUAUGUGCUGAAGAUAGAAAGAAACUUGAAAAUGACAUUGAAAAGGCCAAGAACUGGCUCAAAGCAAAACUCGCCGAAAUCAAGAAGCUUGGUGGCCCAGUACCACUUGAGGCAGCUAAAGUUGAAAAAGAAAUUGCCAUUCAUAAGAAACACCAGAGCGAGUUGUCUGAGUUCCACAAUGAUACUCUAACUGAAGUCAUGCGUCAAGGCAACGCUGUCUCUAAAGACUGUUCUCCCGACGAAAGGGCUAAGCUACAGGCAAUCCUAGAAGACCUGAAUAAAUCUUAUACUUCAGCAAAGGUUGACAUUGAUGACAAACUUGCGGCUCUUAACAAACUAUUACAAGGCCGUAACGACUUCGAAUCUGAAGUUGCUAAGUGUCAAAGCUGGUUGAAUGAAGCUGAAGUAGCUGCUACACCUGAACUCCGCACUACCAGUCUUCAACUGCUGGAAGAGCAACUUGCCAAGUUCGAGAAACUUAGUAAAGAAGCCGACGAUGUUGAAAAGAACAUCGGCAAAAUUAAAGAUAAAUCAAAGGAUAUCAUGGACUCACUUUCAGAUUCCAAUAAACUGCAGCUUAAAGAACAAGUCAAUGUGCUGUCUGACAGGUUUGCUAGAAUUAAAGCCAUUAUUAACGACAAGAAGGGCAUUUUACUCAAACACAUCAAGGAGUACAAGGAUGCGGCCGCCAAAAUUGCUGCUGCUCUUGAAUUCCUGAACGAAAUCCAAAACAAAUUGAAGGCUCUGAACAAACCUAUUGGAAGCAAGGUAGAAGACGUUCAGCCUAUCAUCCAAGCCUACGAAUCUAUCUUAGCGGACCUUAAAAAGAACAAGGCAAUGUUGAACGAACUUCAAGGUGGAAACUUACACGAUCUUCAGGACAUUUUGACGCAACAAGAUGACCUAAUGAGCACUAUUGAAGACCAAAUAUCUAAACUGAAACAGCUGUUACUUUUGCGAGAACAAUUCUUCGCUCUUGUCAAAGAAAUUGAAGAAUUCAUUGCCAAAUACACUGAACUUACGUCUGAAAUUGAAAAGUCAAACGACUCUUUGGAAGAUAAGAUUAAGCGUUAUGAUGACAUCAUCGUUAAGAUUCAAGGUUGCGAGGCUUUACUUGCAACAGCUACAGACAAAGGUCAACAAAUCGCCGCUGAAGGUACUGUUAUGGACAGAAAUAAUAUUACUGAACUUCUUCAAUCUUUGAAGCAACAACUUCUUACAUUGAGAAGGACAGUUGAAGCCAAGCGUCAAGAACACGAGAGAGCAGCCGCAGAACACAAGAAACUUGGUUCAGAUCUUUCUGAUAUCCUCCAAUGGCUCCAUGACAACGAAGCCGCUGUACACUCGCGACCACUCCUGAACAGGGAUGUUGCUAGUGUAGACAAGAAACUUACAGAACACGCUGCCUUAGUGAAGAACAUCCAGCCUUAUUUGGACAAACUUGCCAAGAUAACCGAUAUCAUCAAGAACGAUGACGGUGUUCCAAGUACUUUACUAGAAAUGGUAUCUGAAGGUAACUCACUUAAAACAUCUCUACCAGCUGAGUUGGCCAACAGAGAGAAAUACUUGCAAGACAACAAGAAAUACAGACAACAAUACCUGCAGCUGGUUGAGAAACUGAAUAUUUGGAUCAACGAAGCGACGAUACGCCUGGAUAUGGGUAAAAACGGAACAGACUUCGAGAACAUCGAAUCUGAUCUUGAAGAGCACAAAUCGUUCUUUAACUCAUCUGAGCCUUCAAUGAAGGAUCUUGUUGGAAAGCGUAUGCAGGAAAUCGUCGACAAAAUUUGGCCAUCUCUGGCUGCUUCUGAGCAAGACGAACUAUCGAAGGACCAUCAGAAACACAACCAACUGCUGAAGAACACUCUCAAUUCUGCCAAGUCCCGCCAAGCUCAACUGGAGCAAGACCUCGAGAUUUGGAAGGACUUCUGCCAGCUUGUUGACAAGAUCAAGGCGAUCUUGGACAAGAACAACAUUCAGGACGAGCCAGUGACGUCAGUCGACGCGCUCAGACUGCACUUGGAGAAGUUGAACCACGCGAAGAACGAUCUUGAGAACCAGCAGCCGCUCUUGGACGUGGUCCGGGAGCGGGCGCGCGAGCUCUGCUCCGGCGCUGAUGCUGCGAGCGGGGAGAGGGUCGAGCAGAGGACCAGGGAGCUCGCCGAUAGGUGGAAUGUUUCCUGCGAAGGUUUGGCGAAACGCUCAGCCACAGCCGACCAGCAGCUACACCGCUGGAACCAACUCCUGGACGUGCAGAGGAGCCUGACGGCAGCCAUCACCGCCGCGUCAGACCGGCUGCGGCAGCUGGACGCCAACCCCAGCACCAGGCGACGAGCUAUCGACACCAGACAUGCUCUGCAGGAGCUGCAGACCGAGGUGUCCAGUCUAGAAGAUACCAGAGACGAACUGCUAGAACAUGCUGACUUCGUUGUCAACCUUCUGAAGCCGCACUCGAAAGACGCCGCCCAUGAGACCGAGAAGAACGUCAAGGAGCUGGUAGAAGCUUAUGAGAAAUUGCGACAGACUCUUGCGGCGCGGAUCGCGGAGAUUGACGACAUUGUGUCCGAAUUCGAUCGCGUGUCGGAGAGAAUCGACGAGCUCCGACAGCAGAUAGAAGUGUUGACGGCAAAAGUUAGGACUUUCUACGUUUUCGGCGAGGACGAAGCAGACAGCGUGCGUGCGCUCACUAAAGAAGUUUCUGACUUAGUGGAACGCACGAAGAACUUCACGGAGGAGAGCAGGAAGCGAUACGGAGGCUCGGCCCCGGCGGACGUCGCCCAGGAGCUGUCCUCCUUAGAAUUAUCCUCUGAGGCGUUAGCAGCAGCCAUGGAAGAGAAGGAGAGGGAAUGGAAGCGUGCGCGCACUGCUCGCUCUGAAUAUGCGACCGAUGUUGAAGACGUGCAAGCGUGGGUGCGUGCCGCGGAACUCACAGCCAGAGACCGCACGCUCGCCCCGGAGGCCUACAGGGAGCGCCUAGUCGCGACCCGGUCUGAAGUACCUAACGUCGCCGACCGAGUAGAGAGGCUGACCCGCAACGCUAAAGCGAUUGUCGAGGGCAGCCGCGACGCCGGCGAGAGGCAACUGGUGCAGUCCACGGUGACAGCGCUGUCUGAACAGUUCUCAGCAGUCUGCAGCGAGCUGGAAGCGCGACAGGCAGCCGUAGAGGACGCCUGCGAUGCUGUCGCACGAUUCCUUACACUGUUAGAGAAAGUCUUACUUUGGGUUGAGACACAACGUGCAUUCCUUGCGCGGCCACUCCCAUUGGCCGACUUGCAGGAGGCGCAACAGAAACAGACUGAAUAUGGGAAUGCGCUCAAGAGCUGUAAGCAGCAAGCCAAGAAUUUGGCCGAUAUGGCUAAAGAGAUAGAGGCUAUUGAAAGGGUGACGAGUCCUGGAGACUUGCCCUCGAGGCUAGAAGCAGCAGAGAACGCAACCGUAGAUGUUGAAAAGAGAUUAGCGAAGACAAACGGUCUAUUACAAGAAUUAGCUGAAGAAUGGGAGCGAUGCGAAAGAAAAUUAAAGGACGUAGGGCACUGGCUCGAGGCGACCUCAAGGACGCUGGAAGCUCCCCAAAACGCAAAGAAACCGCUUAGAGAUCGUCUCGCCUUGCGGGAGAAAUUAAUUAACGAUAUCUCCACGCAAAAGACGAAAAUCUCAUACGCAGUGGAAAAACUCAACGUACACUUCGGGCCGGACGGCGUGGCGGCUCAGUCCGUGGGCCCGGCCGGCGUGGAGGCGGCGGCGCGCUCGCUGGGCGCGGCGCUGGAUGCGCUGGCGCAGCAGACCAGCGCGCAGGCCGCGCAGCUGGAGCGCGCGCUGGCGCAGGUGGACGCGUACUGCGCGGACGUGGGCCGCCUGCGCGCGCAGCUGCUGCAGGCCGAGCAGCAGCUGCGCCACGCCGCGCAGCCCAACUACAGCCCGCGCGAGCCCGAGCGGGCGCAGCGCCAGCAACAGGAGGUCUCCCGGCGAAUCGAAGAGCUGACCGGAGCGAUCUACGCGCUGGACCCGUACUUCGUGAUGCCAGCUACCGACGAGCACGCGGCCACUCUGAGCAUGCUCGUGUCUUGCGCCUCGCACGCGCGCAGCAGCCGGCGCGCGCGCUCGGGCGAGCGGCGCGGGCGAGCGCUGGCCCCGCCCGCGCCGCCGCCGCGGACGCGCUCGCCCUGCUGGGCGCCCGGAGGCUUCACCUACGCCGAGAUAGUCAAGGGCUCCGGCUCGCGCUCCAGCUCGCGCGGCUCCCGAGGCGAGCCCGCCCCGUACGAGCCGACCGAGCCGCUCGAGCUGCUUGAGCCGCACGAUGUUAACGAAAUCUCGAAAACGGAUAAUACUGUGGAAGUUGUCGUGGAACCGUGUGUGGUCAGUGAGCGAAUCGAUGAUGAGGCAGUAUCGCGCAGUGACAACCGUGUUUGCGAGUCCAUAAGUGUCAGUGAGACUUACGGCGGUGACGUGAAUGUUUACUAUGAGGACUUAGCCCCUCGUUCGGAACCAGAAUUGGUUACUGAAUAUUGUACUGAACCACCAGUAGAAUAUCGGGAAGUGCCCAUUGAUGUGCCGACACAUGUGUAUCGGGAUUCACCGGAAUCAAUUUUAAAGACACCUGAAGUACCCAUUAAGGAGCUACAGGCCGUAGAUUCCGAAAAAUCAUCUAGUCCCGAUCUAAAGCAACGUGCACAUGAGUUAUCAUAUGCAGAAAUUUUGGCACUCGGUCUGCGUAAGCAGCCACGUACUCAAAGCGUAACAUCCUUACCGAAACCACAAGUGGCACAGAUUGAGCUGGUUAAGGAGAUCGUAGUAGAAUGCGUUGAAAAAUCUCCACCGAUUCUACAAUAUGAAUCGAAAGUCGAGAAGAUUGAGCCGCCUAGGUUCAAACCUGAAAAAUCUGAUAAAUUAGAUAGGCCCGAGCGUUUAGAACGUCCGCCCGCUAGAAGUAGGUCUAGAGAAAUGCCGAGACAGAGGCGUGCCCCUGAGAAAAGACCAACAAAGGCACAUGACAUUCAGGCAAUGAAAAAGAAAAAGACCAUGAAAAAAGUUAUUGAAGUUCAAGACUUUGAUGAUCUUGAACCCCCAGUUGAGGUUGAAUUAAAGCCUAUAAAGGACUUAUCAGUUCAAACAGCUGAUAAACCGAUUGAGAAAACGGUAUGCAAAGAAGUGACUAAAAAGUUACAACAUAGUGCAACAGUUGUAGAAACUGUCACUGAGCUUGUCGCGGAAGACUCACAGCCUGACUCUGUCGAAGAGGCUGAACAGACAAAACCGAAGAAAAAACAUAAAUCUAAAAAACCAAAGUCAUCUGAAGAUGAAAUACAAAAAGCCCUUAAAGAAAUAGAGGAAUUGGAAAAAAGUAAGAAGAAGAAGACAAAAGAAUCUCGUGAUAAAAGUAAGGAGGCUGUUUCUGAGCCUAAAGUUCAGGACAUUAUAAAAGAACCUGAAGUUGUUGAACCUAAAGUAACACAAAUUACAGAAAUUGAAAAACAACCUAAAAACAAGAAAAAGAAAGGACCCAAAACAAAUGACGAUGACGUGUCUAAUAAAAUGAUUGAUGUAAAUACCGACAUCUUAACUGUGGAAACCAGUAAGGUUGUCGAAAUAUCAACAAAAGAACCUAAAUCAAAGAAAAAGAAGAACCACAAGCAGUUUUCUAUUGAUAGGUCCGAGAAAUCAGAAAGUACUCCUUCCGAUAGUGUUACUAACGUAAGUAAAGGUAAUAUUUCCGAAGAAAAGAUCUCUCACCUUCCGGAAGGCGAUCAGGAAAUUAAAAACGUUUCAUUAAAAAUUCAAAAGGAAUCGGAAAUCAUCAACGAAAGUUCUUCAAAACCAAAAACUGUAGAAACAAUGGCAGAUGACUCAGAUUGUAAACAGCCUAUUGAGGCUAAAUUAGUAAUUAAAGAUACUACUACCACUUCAUUGACUACGGUGUUUACCUCAGAGGUAACACAUAAACCAGAAAUAAGUAUUCAGAAAUCGGAAACUGAUUCAAUGACAACUAAUGUUGAUUCAAAAGAUGCAGAAAUGACUGAUGAAGUUACUGUUACUACAACAGAACUUUCCGAAAAUGCAAGUGAGGACACACAAAUUUGCAAUUUAUCAGAAUCAAAACAAAGCAAGGAAGACAUUAAAACAUUUAAAAUACAGCAGCAUGUUGACGAUGUAACUAAAGAAACAGAACAACAACAGAAAGAACAAAUAGAUACUGAUGAAACAAUUAAAAAGUCAACGAAAACUAAAAAGAAAUCAUCAAAAAAUAAGUCUAAACCGAUUGCAGAGACUACAGUAGAAUUUUUAGUCAAAGAGUCUGCUCAGGAGCCAGUAAUUGAAAAACUUACUGACAAAACCGAGGCUGAAGAAGUUGUAUCUAAACUUCUACUCCAAGACACUCAGAUCCAAGCAGUUGCUGAAGAAACCAAACCUAUUCAAGAUACAGAACCGGUUGCACCAGAAUCGUCACAACAAGAACUAGAACCACCACUUGAAAUACAGCCAGAACCAUUAAAAUCAGAGGAAAUAGUUACCGAAUUCAUAGAAUCUCAAUCUGUACAGUUAUUGCAAGAACUGUAUUCUAAUGAGGUGCCUUUAGAACCACCACAGUCAGAUAUAAAACCUGAAAAAGUAAAUACCAAGCUAACUUCUGUAAAAAUGCCCUCUAAAGCUGACGUGGAAGAUAAAUUUGAUGAAAAUAGUUCAAAAAAUAAAAAGAAGAAAAAGCAAAAGAAACAAGAAAAAUUACCCGAAGCCGCCAUCGUAGAAGCUUCAGAAAUAAUUGAAAUUAUUGAAGAAGAUGUAAAAACGAUUGAUCCAGUAGUUAAAGAAUUACCUAAUGUAGUGGAACAAGUCGAAGAACAAAAACCUCUUAAGAAAAAGAAAUCCAAGAAAGGAAAAAUUACUAAUGUAAAAGAAGAAACAAUCGAAAAAUCAAGCGAUGAACAAAAAGAAUCUAAAGAUACUAUUUCUGUUGUGACAGAAUUUAUUUCUCAAGAAGUAAAAGAAAUAAAAAAUCAGGAAGAUUCCAGGAAAUCUAAAAAGAAAGCGAAAUCCAAAAUAAAUGUAAAUGAAGUUGUCAUUGAAAUACCUGUUGAAUCGGGUGCCACUUGUAUAGAUGAACCACCUCCAGAAGAAUUAAAGACAGAAGAGGUCGCCUUCGAAGAAGUGAAAUCACAUAAGAAGAAAAAGUCUAAGAAGCAGAAAAUUGAUGACGAUGACAUAGAUAAAGCUCUUAAGGAGAUUGAACGUUCUGGAGGUUCUAAAAAGAAACCUAAGGAAAAAAUACCUAAGCCAAAAUCGAAAACAGAGAAACCAAUUCCAAUGGAGGCAGAAACUAUUAUACGACAGGAGGAAACUUAUUUGGAGCGCACUUCAAGGGAAGAGGACGAUAGCUUAGUUGAAGAGUUGGAAUUUAUACAACCAGUUGAACAUAUCGAUUGGAAUGCUAUGCUAGAAGAAGAAGAAGGCGUUUCCGAAACUACGUAUGAACCAAGUAGGCAUCCUGAAACUGAGGUAACUCUACCUGAAACGGGAUUCAUUGCUAACCAAGUAACUAUAUUACAAGAAACGACAAAUUUGCUCGAGAAAGAACGUACAAAUGUUACUGACUUUAAAGAAACUUCACUUGAAGCGCACUCUAUAUCUGAGGCUUCUGACAUCGUUUCCGAAACGAAAGUAUCAGAAAUUGUCACCACCGCAGAACAAAGUGACAAACAAUCGACAACUGUUACUACUCCUGGAAAUGAGCAAAAUAAUAAUGACAAGUUCUUUUCUCCUGAUACUAAGGAAGGAUCAUACAACAUCGUUGAAGAAAUAACUUGCUAUGAACCAAUUACUCAAGAUGUUAAAACACGUACUAUUUACUUAAUAACUCAUGAAGAAAAGAAAUUACCACCCAUCAGGACUGUCAAAGUAUUUAGUAGUAAGAGCAACUCUCUAGAAGAGCCUCUUUCCGUUGAAGAUGAUGUAGAUGUAAGCGAUCAAACAAUUAGUAACAAAAUCACUGAUGUCAAGUCUUCCAUUAAUGUUAGUGAAAACGUUUUAGAUAAUAAAGUUAUUACAGAAACCUUUAUUAAAGAAGAGAAAAUAUUAGACUCUGUGAGAACUGUUGUCGAAGCAGAAACUGAGAAACUUCAAGAUAUGAAAUCAGAAAGUGAACAGGUUGAUAGUUCUAAUACUGUUAUUGUUGAGAACAUAUCUUUAGUAGCAGAAAAUCAGUCAACAGAAUCGAAUACAAACCUCAUCACUGAGAUACUGCGCGAAAGAGAAUCACAAGAAUGUAAAAGCUCGCCUCUUGCAGACGAUAGUCACUCCAAAACUACUGAACCUUCCAUACAAGCAACAGAACAACCGCAAAAACCUUUAACUGAAGAUGACUUUUCCGACAUCCUUGAAGAAGCAAUCUUUGGAUCAGUACAAGAUCGCAACAGAGUACAAUCUCAAAAGAAAUCUAAAGACAAAUACCCCAAUAUUCCUUAUCAAGAGUUGAUAAAUGAUGUCAAGCCCUAUUCAAGGGAUUUAGACACAUACCAGUUAGAUUAUGAAUACACUCAAUUAAUCAAAAGCCAACGGGAAUCUCAAACAGUGCAAUCUCAGGAUUCAGAAAACGAAUUGGAGUUUACUGAACCUGUACCAACAACUGUAGUUAAGGAUCAGGAUAACAUACCACAAUCAGAAAUAGUAUCCAAGUCUGAGUCUGAAAUAAUAUCACCUGUGAAAGAAGAGGUUCCCAAAGUUUCCUAUCAAGAAGUUAAGGACGCAGAAGUGGUAUUAGCGGGGAUAAUAUCUCAAAAAGACACAGAGGUGGCACAUAUUUCCGACUCAUCAAUCGAACCUCAAGUAUCCAAAUCAGUCGAUGAUGUUGAUGCUUGUAUACUAAAAACUGGAACAGAUGUUGGAACAAUUGAACAAUUAAAACCUGGAGAAAAACUUGAAGAGAUAUUGCAAACCCAAGAUAUAUCAGUGAAUGAAAUUCCAACUAAAACCACAGGUCAAAUCUCUUCUGUUAAUGAAGAAGCACCAAGAAUUAGCUACCAUGAGAUAAGGGAUGCUGAAAUAAUUUUAGCAUCUCAGGUAUCUAAUAAAAUGGUCCUGAUAACAUCUGAUAAAAAUAUAGAAUUAGUUUCUGAUUUGCGUGUCUCAGAAACUGUCAACAAACCUGGCGAUUUAAGUAUGGAAUCUCAUUUACUAGUUGAGACUGUAGAUCCCAAACAAAUUGAGAGAGAAAAUGUACGUUCGACAAGUUACCAUGAAAUUAAGGACGCUGAAGUAAUCCUUGCAACUCAAUCUAAAGCCGAAACAAGUACUUCUGAACUAACUAAAAAACAUGAAAAUGUUGAAAAAUGUGUGGAGGAAUCUUCAGAAGAGAAUAAAACUACUGAAGACAGAACUCUUGAAACUUUUAUAACAAAUACUUCAAAAACCGUAUCAGUUAAAGAGCAAACACUUGGUUUAAUUAACACCGAAAGUUCAGUGCCUGAACUUGUCAAUGUGACUUUACCUCUCACAAAUUCUGACAAGGAGCCUGUUGAAACCACUUCUGACGUAUCAGGAGUGCCUGAAAAAUCAACAAAUGAUAUCAAUUUACAGUUUUUACGAGAAGAUACACCACGUUAUAGCUACCAUGAAAUUAAUGACGCUGAAAAGUACUUUGGUUUAACAACCACUGAGGCCGCUAGAAACCAUACAUUAUCAACAGAAUCGGUUGAAAUUACUCAAGUUAUCCAAAAUGGCAAAGUAUUUGCAGAGGAAUUAACAGAGGCGAUAGUUGAAAUUUCAUCAACUUCAAAUAAUCUUGACGAGUCAAAUGUUCAAAGCCUUAUAGUCCAGGAUAGUUCAGAUAUUUCUGUUACUGAUCUCACGAAGACUGCAGAAACAGCAUCAAGUUCACCUUUUGAUGACGAAAAGCAAAAAACUAGCAGUGUUGAUGAUGUUGACAAGAAAACUAAACCAGAAAUAUUUGAAGUCCCACGAACAAGUUACCAAGAGAUUUCUGACGCAGAAUGUCUGUUGGCCACCAUUCAAAGUAAAUCUCGAGAAGCAAGCCAGGAAAAAACCGUACCCGAACAGGUUUUGAUAUCAGAACAGGAAACCUUAAAAUCUGAUAAAAAAUCUACCAUAAUUAAACUUGAAACGUCUACUUGCGAAGCUCCGAGAUAUAGUUAUCAUGAAAUAAACGACGCUGAAAACUUGCUGGCGUCUAAACUUGUCAGUAGCAAUUUCGCUGAUGAAGAAGGUAUGAGCCCCGGAAAACAUUCUCCUGUAGAUGAGAAGGAUUCAGCGGAAGAAAGAAAAGAAACUCCACAAGUUAUCGAAAGUAUCUAUGAACCGUUACGUCAUAGCUACCAAGAAAUAAAAGAAGCUGAACUUAUUUUAGCGACAUCAAAAGUCAGGGAUGCUUCUUUGGAACCUCAAAUACAAGAAGAAAAGAUUUCAGCUAUACAAUCUGAGUCAUCAGCUGAAAAACAAGGUCUUUCCAAUCAGUCGGUGUCUCAAAUAGGGAAAAUUUCUUCCCCGAUUCAAAAAGCCCCAUUCGAUAAAAUUGCGCUUUCUUUUGAAGUUGAUGAUCUAAGCAAUACACCUAUAACAGUUGUAUACGGUAGUGAAGCGGACGGAACACCUACUGUAGAAGUUAAAACCAUUUCGUUUGAUCAUGAGGUUAAAGACUUCGUAAAAGUUGAGGCAGCUGAUAGUCCUGAGAAAAAAGAUCUAGUUAAUGUUAUUGAUUCUAAGAAAGAACUUCAAGAAGAUGCCGUGCUAACUGAAGAUGAAACAUUUGAAAUCAUUGAUCACAGUGAUGUUACUGGUGCAAUCGUUGAUGAAAUUAAGGAACCCGCUAACCAAGAAAUACAUGAAAUCGAGACUAAAAUUACUGAGGAUUCGACCAAAUCGGAGUUACCUCGUUCAAUAACUCCAAAAACUAAUGAUGACCAAAAAAUUGUUCAAGACCUUAUCGAAGAAGCGCUUAAGGAGCCUGAACCAGCUGCUACCAGAUCUAAACCAGCUUAUGAAACUUUCGUAAUUGAUGACCUUAAUGAAAGCCUUGUGCCUGUGGUAUUCGGUGAUAUGAAAGAUAUUGAAAAAGCUAUAAAAUACAAAAAGCAAGAGCUUUUGUUGCAAACUAUCGAACCCGAACACGUCGAACUGCAAAGACCUGAUAGUGCUAUUACUGCUGACAAUGUAAUUUUGAUUGAAAACGCUUCUUCUCCAAUUGAAAUGGUUGAAUCCACUGAAGAAUUUACUAUUCCACAACCCAGCGAAUACGUAGAAUUAGACGAACCCACGGAUGUUAGCGUCGAUACUAAGCCUGAAACUAUCUCGGCGGAAUUAUUACCAACUGAUGAGUUACAAUCGGUAUCAAAAUCGACUGAUUCGGUUACAUUGAAACAACCUGAUAUAAAUACGCAAACUCCUACGGACUCUAGUACGGACACUAUAAUUACAUCUGUCGUUAGGGAAACGGAACUAACUAAUACUGAAAGUAUAAGCCGUGUAGAGAAGUCUCCUAUACAUAGCUUGCAUGACCUCCUUCCCGAAAUUGACUCCAUCCCUGAAUUUAAACCCUCUUAUUCGAACACUGUAUUGUAUUCAAAAUUAUCGGCUGAUGCACCUGAGUUUACACCGUCUUACAUGUAUCAGACUACUACUACUGUGUCUGAAAGUAGAACUGAGGUAGAAGAUGCACCUGCACCUAUUACUGUGGAAGAGGAAACUAUUGAUAUUUCAACGGAGAGUUCAACAACACCUCAAUCUUAUUCAUCAGUACUACAGACUAAGAAGGAACAGUCUGAAAUCCCACAAAGUAGUAGUGAUCUUGUUGAAAAGACAGUUACAGAGAUUGCAACAACAUCAGAUGUGCAUGACGAUCAACUUGAGAAAAAAUCUAAGAAAACUAAAAAGAAAAAGAAGAAGGAUAGAGAGGACAAAAAAGACGUUCCUGUUGUCAAAAAAACGGAAAAUAUUCAAACUUUACCUUUACACACAACAAAUACUUCUGAAGUAGAACCAGCAAACGUUUGGAUAAAAGCUUCUGAGGAAGGCAAAACAUACGCUGAUGUGCUAGCUGAAGGAUUGGCACAGGAACAAAAAGAGUAUUUACAGCUUGUCUCAGAAAAGCCAAUUGAAAAAGAUUUUGUUGCAAAAGAGGAAAAGAACAUUGUGGUCGAUAACGUUGUUUCUCCAUCAGCUGGGUCAAAUGAGGAAAAAUACCGUGAAAGUGUGGAAACUGUUACUGAGAGUGAUAAUAGUAUUGGAUCUUGGGCAAAAAUUGUUGGUAAAAGAUCAUCGCCCGAGAACGUACCAAAAAUGGUAGCCACACAAAAAGAUCCAACACCCGUUUCUACUAAAGUAUAUCCUCCAGUUAUAUUUGUUGACGAAUCCAGUAACGACCAACAAACUACAGAAACAGAAAUUGAUGCUGAAGGUUUUAUUACUGUUGACAGAAGUAGACGUUCUAGAUCUAAGUCAAGAGACAAACGCUCGCAAUCAAAUAUAUCACAGACAAGAGAAACUCGUGAAAAGUCAGAGAAUAGAUUUGAAGCAUUGACAACGUCUCUAAAGCCAGACGACAUAGAAUCUACUCAAAGUCCUUCAGAUGAUGAAAAACCAGUCAAAAAACCAAGCCGUAAAAGCCGCUCCUCUAAAUCGAGAGAAAAAGACAUUAAACCCAAACCUACUGAAGUUGCACCUAGUACAUCUGAUGAAGAUAAGCUACCCGCAAAGAGGAAUAAAAAGAAAAGAUCAUCUAAAUCAAAGGAUACAAUUACGAAAGAGUUGGAUGAGAAGAUUGAACCAUCGGUCGUAAAUAUCCAAGAACCACCACAGGUGCCACAGGUUGAAGAACCGACAGAAAAACCUAUUUCAGAAACAGAACCUAUUACUGAUCAGAAAAAGAAGAGUAAAAAGAAGAAAAAAGAUAAAAAACCAGUAGAAGUUAUUGAGGAUACUAAUAUUCCAAUUCCUCCUACAUCUGAAGAAGAACCAGCAGUAAAGAUUACAAAACAUCAGCAUAAGAAACUUGAUACUCCAAUUUCAACACCUGAAUCUAUUCAAACACCAAUAAAAGACAGGGUAUUCUCUGAGGCUCAGUUCUGGAAAGAUGAUCCAAAUCGUCUGGAUUUAUCUGAAAUAAUAUCUGUCGAAAUACAACAUACUCCUACAGAAUCAUACAAAAUAGAGAUGAAAGAUGGAAACAUUCCAACCAAAGAUUCUUAUCUGCAGCCAGAGGAAGAAACUACAAGUGUCCAGUUGAUUCAGUCAGCUACUCAGUUUAUCACUAAAGAAAUAUCUGCUAUUGAAACUCAGAGACAGGAGCUUGUUGACAAAAUUGCUGAAGAUCAAUCAUUGGAAAGCAAAAUGGCUGAUCUUCAGAGGGAGAUUGAGGAAAUGUUGUCACCUGAGAAUGAUUCAUCUGUAAUGAGUGAUGAUUCUCCAAAGGAACUGACUGACACCCAGACGUCUAUGGAGUAUCAAUAUGAUGAAUUGAUGGAAAAUUUAACUCCUUCUCUUGCUACUCCUGAGCCCGACAACGUGGAUCUAAAAUCAGUUGAAACGCAACUUCCUGAAGAGCUUGAUGAUAAACAUAUUAGUAUGAGUAUGAUUGACUCUUUACUGGAGGAUACCGAACCUAUUUCUAUUACAGAAACUCACUCGUUGGAGCAUACAGAUGAUAUUCAAGUCACUCAGGAAGAUAUGACCCCUAGAAUUACAGAAAAAGUAUUUAUUGAAUCAGAAAUAAUUAGUGACGUUCAGAAGAAGGAUUUAGGUUAUUCAAUUCAAGAACCUGACCAACAUUCUACUAUUGCUAUUGAAAGCCAGACCUUGCCCCCUGAAAUCGAACGUUCAAACGUAGAAACAAAAGUACUUUUUGAAACACAGAGUGAUAAAUUAGAACAAAAAGACAAGGAUAAAAUGAUCUCCGAUGUUACCGCAUUUAUUGAAUCUGAAAAAUCUGUUAAAGACUCAGCAGUAACUGAAACUGAGAGUAAACUUCACGAUAUUGGCUUUGUUGCCCCUGAAGAAACAAUAACUAAAGAAACAGAAAGAGUACAAAAAGAAUCAGUUCUACCGUCUUCUAAAGAAGACAACGUAGUAGUAAUAGAGAAAGACACAGAUAACACACAAACUGACUCACGCAAAGACACAGUUAAAACCGAUGUUUUAUCUAAAGUUCCACUUUCUAACAUUGAUGUCGAUACUAACAACCUUUGCAAUCUAAAAUCGGAUUCUUUCUGGACGGACAAACACAGAAUUCAUGACGCGGAAAUACUUUUAAUUGAACGUAAAUCAGCUGAACGAACAAUUAAACCCGUAGACAUCGAUCAAUCUUCUGUAAAGGAAGAAGGCAUUAGUGUUGAGCAAAACAUUAUUAAAGAUAAAUCUUUCUGGCCAGAAAAACACUUGUAUCACGACGCUGAAUGCCAAUACUUCCUUUUAAUGGCUAGGAAACCAAAAACACCUUCAAUCGAUACAAAAGAAAUUGAAAUCAAUGAUGAAAAUGAUAAAGACAGGGACCAGGGCGGAAGUUCUGGUCACUCUUCGGAAGGUGAAGAGCCAAAAGAUUCAUCCGGCUCAUCUUAUGACCCUGACUAUAUAUCCAUGGACCUUCCUGGUGGCAUAUGUAGUUGGAAAGACAAAUCAUCGUACUUGAGCGUCGAAACACCCGUUGUUGACAACGCCUCGGACGAGCUUGUCUCUAGGGAGGAUAUACUAACCACCCAACCUAUAGCACCAGCCCCAUCCUCAUCCAAACAGGAGCCGGAGGAGACGCCCCCGAGGACAACAAAGGACGAAUUAUCUAACGAUAUAGAAAGUCUGCUUGAAGAGAUAAGGGAUGUGCAGACUCGGCUCUCCGACCUGCCUGACGAGAGUCUCGAAGCCAUGGAGGAGGGUCUCAGGGAGGGCAUUGAAGUUCUAGUCAAGUGCGACGAGGCGGCAGACCUGCUGGAGACGAAGGUCAUGGAGUACCGGCAGGAGCAGGAGGUGCAGGCGCUGGUGAAGGAGCUGGUCGUCAUGAAGGCCAGGAUCGUGAAGCUGCUGGUGCAAGCGCGGGAAGGACUGAACAUCAUCCAGGUAAGAAAGGAAGCCAAAGUGCAAUUAGCUAAACAAGCUAAAGAGAUUGAAGAGCAAAAAGAGAAAAUUUCCAAACUGGAUAAAUGGCUCGAGGCUAUCAAUAAUGGUCUAAAGGAGUCCACAAUACAGUCUGAAGCUAUCGUGGAGGAGAAUAUUGUUAGAUACAUUGAAAUCUACGAACGGUACAUAAGAGAGUAUGAGGAAUAUGAGAUUAUAUUAAAGUCUAUAACUGUGAUAAGUGAGGAUGAAUCUAGUCAGUCAUUGAGAGUGAAAUUGAAUGCAAUGCAGAAGGCGUUGGAAGAAACAAGACAUCUAGUCAUUAUAGAAAUAGAGAGGUUAAGACAAGUGCUGCUCCAUAUUAGGUCGGCACAUGAAAUCGCAGAGGAUGAUAUCUCACAGACGGAUAGGACGAUCGACUCAACGUCAAUGCCUGAGGAAGUGGUUUCACCAAGGGAAGUCGAAAUUAUUAAGGAAGUUAAAGAACCAUCUGUCGAAGUUAGCAUUAAGGAAACAACGGUAAAAGAAAGUAUAGAAAAGGCAGAACCUGUGCAAGUCCAAAUUGUAAAAGAAACUGUGGCUAUUGAAACACAAACAGGUAAAAGCUUAAUGUCAGAACCUCCGUCAGUGUCUGAUAAAUCUGUGAUAUGCCAACCAGAUGUCAUAGCCACUCAUGAUGUAUCUAUAACAUGUGCUCCUCCAAUGGAAGUAGAAGUACAGACUAGUGAACCAUACUCUGAACCAAAAGAAAUCCUUGAAAAUAUUCAAGUCCGACAAACUAUCUCUGAAGGUGGUCAUGAAACAAUUGAAAUUGCUAGCAGACCAGUUGUGAGGGACUAUAAAGUUGAUGAAAAGUCUCUUCUUGUCGAUGCUAACUACAGAGAUGAUCAGUUUAGGAAAGAUUCACAAUUAAACAUAACACACAGCAUGCCUCAAUCAUUUGAGACAGUUAUGGUAGAACCGGACGAGACAACCACGGAAGUUGUUGUUGAUGCUGACGGCACAAGGAGGAUUAUCGUCAAGAAGGUCCGAAAAACAUUGGUAACCAGACAACAGGUUCUUCAAAGUCAACAACAUGAAUCUCAUAUUCUAUCAGGAGACAUUCCUCUUGACCAUGCUUUCUCUCAAAUAGCUAUUAGAGAUGAAAAAGGCGGAACCUCAACCACUUUAGAAGAAGGUGGCAUCCAGCAUAUUCGGUAUCAAACAUGUGAAGGUCAGAUAAUAUCAAGCUUGCCAGGUGGCGAUGUUUCUAUACAAGAGUUUACAUCUAAGCCUGAUAUGGUAAUCACCAUGCAAAAGGAUAUGAAACCAGAAGAGAUCCUUCUUCUUGCUGAAGGCCAAGAAUUGCCACAAGUUCAGACCUCUACGUCCAGUGUAACAGCUGUGGUUCAGCAAGUUACAAAGAGAAUAGUUAAAACGCGCAGACGUAUUAUUCGCCGUGUUGUUAUCAUUGAUGGCAAGGAACAUGUGACUGAAGAAAUUGUAGAAGAACCUGACGAUGUUCAAGUGGUAGAAGAACAAAUCCCAAGAAUAUCCAUUAACGUGGGAGAGAGAGGUGAUGUUCCACCAACAGUUGAAGAAGAUGAUGACCAUGGUAAACAUGAUCGCCCUGCUUUACCUCCUGGAGGUGGUAGUGAUUCAUCGAAAGAUCAAAAACCUGGAGAUGAUAAACCAGAAGAUGACAAACCAACAGACGAAACUCCUGAUGAAAAACCUAAGAGUGGUGACGAACAAACUAAAGAUCAAAAUGAACCUACUCAGUCUCCAGUGGAGCUUACACAAGCUCAACAACUAGAGAAAAUGAUGCAAGAGUUCAUUCAGAAAGAGAGUGACGUUUACAAAAAAUCUCAAACAAUUACACGCACAUCUCAAGAACGCGAGACUUCUCCUCAUAAAACUGUAACAGUGUCAGAAACCUAUGAAGUCGUACCCGGUGAUGUGGAAAUCCAAGAACCAGAUGAAACUACAUACAUUGUUCAAGAACCACAUGAAGGGCUGACGACGUUUGUAACUGAGGGAACGCAACACCAAACAUUUGAAUCUUCUUCAACAAAUAUUGCUACGGUAGUACAGAAGGUAACUAGAAAGAUUACAAGAACAAGAAGACGCAUCAUUAAACAUAUACAAAUUAUUGAUGGAAAGGAACACGUCACUGAAGAAGUUAUUGAAGAACCUGACGACGUAGAAGUAAUUGAGGAAGAACCUCACGUAUCGCACAGUAUACAAACAGAGGGCGUAAAGACAAAACGAAUUAGAAUUAUCAAACAGGUGCAGAUCAUUGACGGUAAAGAACAUGUUGUCGAACAAAUUGUCGAAGAGCCAGACGAUGAGUACCUUCCUGAUUCCACCAUGACCGCUGAGAUUGAUUUGAAACUAAGCAAACCAGAUGUAAUGGAAAUCAUUCAAGAGGACGUAAAGGAUGAUCUACCCAUAAUCACCAAAUCAACAACAGUCACAGUGAUUCCAGCUGAAAAAGACACUAUUUCUUUAUCACUGCCACAAAAGCCAGAAAUCACACAAACUAUUAAAGUAACCUCAGCAAGGGUUCCUGACACUUUACCGGGUGAUCAAAAAGUAUCGACAAUAAUCGUCAAAGAAACCAAAGUGACCCCUGAGCCUACAAUAACAUCUACAAUUUCUGAGGAACCAGAUGUUUUCAAAACUACUGAAGUGACUGAUUUUACAACGGCAACAUCUAUCUCACAAAAAGAAACGAGCGUUAAGGAUGUCACAAAAAGCCUGAUUGGUAGUGAAAUACAUUACUCAUCAAAAUCGAGACCAAGUGAAACAUCUGAGGGAACGCCAACUGAGGUUCCUCAAAAAGAAACUGAGACAGUUGUUAGCUCACCAGAACAAAUACCUACUCCAGUACUUAAAAUAGCUGACGUACCCAAAGAUAAAAAGAAUCAACCUGAAGAAGAAAGCAAACAAGCUGAUGCAGCGAUGCAAAUGAUUCAGGAAACUAUUCAAACUACGGAACCUCAUAUAAGUGUUUCUGCCGUCACUACCAAAACAACGAAAACCAGCACUAUCACUCAAGGUCACGACAAACUCAUCAUCACCGAAACAGAAUCCUUACUGACUGAAACUCCUCAUACAAAUGGAUUUAAAGAUACUUCUGUUAUUGACAUCACAAAAAGUUUGAUUGGAAGUGAAAUCGAUCAUUCAUUUAUUUCUAAAAUACCAGCAUCGCCAACGAAAACGCAACAGAAACCAAAAGAAAUAAAAUCGGAAACUCCAGUCUCACUCACAUCCGAGCCAGUGAAAUCUGUAGAACGACCUACAAAGGACGAUUCUUUAAAAGCUGAUCUCCAGAUGAAACCUAUCGUUUUAAAGAGCGAAGACCCUAAGGUCAAAGAGGCUAUAAUUGCUCCAUUUGAACAAAUAACGGAAACAGUUGAAACACCUAAAGAUGCAACUAAAGACCCGAUUUCAGAAAAGGAAAACCUUGCUACCCGUGUCUCACCCGCAAAGGUAGAUGAAGUUAAAUUUACUGCUUCAGACGAAGCUGGUCAUGCAACAGAUAGUAAGGAGGUGGUAGAAAUUAAAACAGCUACAAUCGUUAAAGAAACAGUAGAAUUAGAACCUCAAACUACCCUAAUAACUGAAGAAAUGCCGGAGCCUAAACCAGAAGUCGCUCAAGCUUUGGAAGUUACAAGCGUUACUCCGGCUAGCCCAACAACUGUAGCUCCCACAGGUUCUGAUCUAUUAGAUCUUACCAAAAGUUUCAUUGGUACCGAGAUUGAUCACACCGUUGUCUCUAAAAUACCAAUUGUGCCCAUUAAGAAACAAGAACUUGUUGGAUCCCCAGAAAAGACGCCUGAUGUUACCGAAAAGCCAGAUCAUAUUGAAAUUACACAGACUAAAACUCGUGAACCGGAAACUCUUUCUGAAACAAAGAGUACUGAAUUAAACAAAGUUAUUCCCUCUGAACUUCCAAAAACGAAGCAAGCUAAAGAAUUGACUGUCUCAGAUAAACCAGAACCAGUUUUUGGUGAUGACACUCCUCAAUCUAUUCAUAAAGAAGUUACUACGGUAACAACACAUAUUGACAGCGAUAUUAUGCAAAAGCCCGAUGAGAAGUCGACAGUUUAUAUUUCUAUAAAGGAACAAAAAAUAACGGGUGUAAAAGGUGAUGAACAUGACAUCGCUGAACCUGAAACAUCUGAAAAACUGGCAAUUGAAGAGGUUAAAGACGCAGAACAGCCAGCAGCCCCUAUUUCAGAAGACAAACCUAUUAGCGGUGAGGACCACUUUUUAUAUAGCACAAGUGUGAAACAACCACAAAUAGGUGUUAUUGAACUUACGAAGGAGUUAAUCAUUAAAGAAGGCUCUGAAAAAUAUGAACAACUACCGACAUCUGAAUCUGAAACUUUUGCGACUGAAGCCAAAAAGAUUACAAGUGAAGUAACUACUGAAAAGGCACCAAUACAAUCGACGGUCGAAGUAGAACCACUAAAAAUCGGAACAGUUAUUUCGGAAUCUGACAUAACAAAAACACCUGAGUCACCUGAAAUGUCCUACAUAAGACAGUUCGAACCCCAAGUUCAAGGGUCUUCAGACAGCGUCAAUAAACUUCUAAUGGCAUUUGAUAAACCUGAAAAACAAGAUGUUCCCUCACAAACGACAGACUUUGUUGGGCCCAUGGAACCUACUUCUAAGAAAUCAGAUAGUAAGUAUGAUGUGUCUAUGUUAUUACAAUCAGAAAGAAUUGAUACUGAUCUGCGAAGUUACAAACCUGAGACGCAAACUUCUCAGUCUGACAAACUUGAGCAAUCGGUUGAUAUUUCCUUGUCAUUGACAAAAACUAGGGAGCCUAAAAAGGUGGAGCCUAAAGUACAAUUUGACUUAAAGGUUGAACAUUUUGAGGCAGAACCUAUAGUUGUCAAGAAAGACAUAGAAGUUGUUUUGCCGAGUGAAGUCAAUAUAACUAAAGAAAUCAGUAAAGCUCCGAUUGUGGAAGCGGUUCUAGAGGAGACAAAACCAGAAAUAACACCACCUGAAUCAGUUAAAGAAAAGAAAAGCAAGAAGAAGAAGAAGCAUAAGGGCAGUUCUUCGGCCAGUGAGUCUAUCGAAACUGAUAAAAGUAUUGCUGACACUGAUAGCUCUUCACUUAGUCACUACGUGGAGCUCCCAACUUCACCUAAACACGAGUCGCCUAAACCGACAGAAGAGAUACUAGAACCAACAGUUUCGCAAGAAAGUCCCGCGGAACCUAUCCUCGAAGAAAAGAAAGAAAUAAAGUCUCCAGAACCAAUGGUUUCUGAAACUGUAUCCGAGGAGCCUGUCAUAGAAGUUGUGAAAUCUGCUACACCUGAAAAAGUUGAAACGCCGCAACAAGAGGCUAUUUCAGAGCCAGAAGUACAAGUUAUGCAAGCCAUAGAACCAGAAAUUGAAGAUUCCUACGUUGAGUCCGAAUCUCUCACUCUCUCAGAGGAACAAGGGUACGAGGCUGAAGAUUUAUCUUUAGGACCUGUGCCAUCACCAGGUAAGAAAAAACAAAAGAAACGCCGACCUCACGCCGUCAGCGAGGAGACGACGUAUCCCAAGAUGGCUACUACUGAAACUGAAGAUACAACAGUGACAACACCAAUAGAAAUGCUGGAAACUACUAAUAAAGGAAAAUCCAAAAAGCGAAAGAAGAAGGUUCUAGUCGAAACGGCCCAGUCGCCGUCAGAACCUGAGGUUGAACCAAAAGCCAUUGAGGAACCUGAAGUCAAACCUGAAAGCCCAAAAAUUGGAACUGAAGUGGUGGCUUCUUCACCGAGAGAAGAAUCGUAUCAUACUAUUAGUGAGACUUCUAAUAUCACUACGGUCAAAAUUGUAGAAGAGUGUGUACAAAGUAGUCCAGAGACUGCAAAACAUGAAGUGGGAACUAUACUUACAUUCCCAGUACCAGUUGUUGAGGAAAUCGCUACACAAGAAUAUUCGAUUCAGACAUCGCCAGAGGAAACAGAACCAAUUGAAGAAAUAUCAAGACCUGAGACAUCUGACAUUGAAUUACAAACUACACCCACAUCUGUAAGUGAAGUAAUUACGCAAACAACACCAGUCGAAGACAAAGAAGCUCACACGCAAACUAUUGAAGAAGUUACAACUGUUGUGGAGAAAAUCAUGUCAGACACGGAGAUACAAACAAGCAGAUCAGAGACUCCUGAGAAAAUCGUUCAACUUGAAGCUACAACUCAGGUCAUACCACAUGACAUAAGUACUCCUGAAGAGAAGUUCUCUCAGACUUCACCAGUCGUUGAAGAACCGGUUGUUAUUGAACAAAAAUCAAUAACACCUGAAGUUGUAACAGAAUCUAGAGAAAUGCAGACCUCUCCGUUACCUGAAGUACAAAAAGAUGAAAAGAGUACUGAAAUUCUUGUGGAAACAACUGAAACCGAUAUUCAAACUGUUAACCAAGAGAUUUCGGAGCAAGGGACGUCAACUACCCCUGUGAAAGAAAAAGAAAUGGCGGAGAUCAGCAUGCAAACACCUGAAGUACCCCUGGUGAGUACUUUUACUCAGUCAGACACACCAGAACCCGAGCCAGUCAAAGAGGUAGAACCCGAGGAUCCCAGUCUUCCCUCACUACCAUUACUUGAAAUCAAGAAAGAAGUUAUUACGGUUGACAGUACUCAGCAAACAACUCCAAGGGAAGAAGUUCAAGUACCUGCAUUGGAACUUAAAGAAACCGUAACAGUUGAUAGUUCUCAGCAAACUACACCACGGGAACCUGAACCAGAGCCGGUAGCAGAGGAAGUGAAAGCACCAUCACCAAUUGUGAAACAAGCGCCACCAUCGCCGCCGGAGCCUGAACCAGAGGUUAAAGUUGAACAAGUCGUCGAACCUAUUAAACAGGAGAUCAUCACGGUAGACAGUUCACAACAGACUUCUCCAAGAGAACCCAUUGUGGAAUCCGCUCCUGUACCUGUGCCAGAACCUGUAGCUGUACCGAUACUCGAUGUAGUCAGAAAAGAACUCGUUACAAUUGACAGUACUCAACAAACAUCCCCGAGAGAUUAUUCCGAAGAAUCCAUUUCGACAUCAACCGAUGAACCGUACGAAGUGCAUCUUAGAGCUCAAAUUUCUAUCCCACAAGCUACUACAGACUUCAUUGAGAGUGAACGUUCAUUCGAAGAACCUCCUCAAUCCAUUUUAGGUGAUAAAUAUAAACAAAAGAAACGAAAAUCGAAAAAGAAAACAGAAUCGCCUCUUUUGCAAUCUCCUGAGAGUUUAUCAGAUCCUAUUAACACCGAACUUUCUCAAUCAGUUACGCCGUCUAGUGAAGACUUCUCUUUAAAAGAUGCUUCUUCAAUAGAUGAGGGUAUUUCCCAGUUGGCUAGCCCAAUGAUGUCUAAGCAAACUCAUCACAAACUAACUUAUUCUGACGUAGUACAACGAUCCAAAUCUAAAUCGCCAUCGCCUAGUAAGAGCAUCAUACCACAAAAAUCAGAAAAGGCUAGACUACUAGAUGCCCUUGAAAAACGAACACAAUCAGUAUCAGAGCCACAAAAGAAUAUUCCUGAUGACUCAAUGACAGUUGCUCUAUUGGAGCCAUCAGUUGAAAAUUCCUAUAAUCUUGUCGUCAACAAAGAAUUGGAUGAAGUUAAGAAUGCCAUCGAAACAAACGACCCAACUAGAACAGAAAGGAGUGUGAUCAUUGUCAUAGAAACUAUUUCUGUUUGGUUAGAGGAAAUACAAUACAAGAUUCAAAGACAAACAGUAAGUGGCGUCAGUACGACAGAAGACACAGAGCGUCUAAACUCACUUAAAAACCAUGUGCAGAAUCUUAAACACAUCAUUGAAGUAACUGAAGUGAACGAAGAAAUAAUUACUUUGAUCGAAACAUUAACGCGUCAAGUGAAUGCAGUUAAUACUUUGAGUAGUCAAAGCUCGGUCAAAGUAGAAGAAGUCGAGAAAGAAUGGAUCAAGUUCUUAGAAGACACUGAAAUAUUAAGUGAUUCUGUUGAAACUGUCAAGAACACAUUAGAUGAUAUAAUUCUAUCAGAAAUGCCAACCCAACAGAAGUUAGAAAAGCUGGAUAAAAUUGAAACCACCAACUUGGAGAACGUCGAAAGUAUCAGAAAAAUGUUUAAGAGGUGUCGCAGUCUCAUCGAAGCCAAUCCUAAGCGAGAGUGUCCAACAAAACUUUACAACGCUGAUGACGACACGAAACAAGUAGACAACGCGAUAACAACAGAAAGAGAUAGACUUCUUCAACUGGCUUCAUUAGCUGAAGAAUAUGAACAAACACUACAAGACUUUGGUCAAAUAACUGAUGUAGCUGAAGCUCUGCUUGAUGGAAAGAUAAUUGUAUCAGACUUAGAUCAUCUACAUGAAGAAAUACAAAAACACAGAACAUUCUUCGUCAACCUUAGCCACUGCCGAGCCAUUCUAGAAUCAUUAGAAGAUAACCUAGAUAGUGAAACAAGGGCUAAGUAUUCAUCCCUCCAUAAUUCACUACAUGACAGAGCUACAGUUAUAAUUGACAGGGCAGCGAGCCGAGCACAACAAAUGACCUUAGCCGCCUCGAGAUGGACACUUCUUCAGCAUGGCAUGAAAGAGGAGUUGCAGUGGCUUGUAGUAGCUCAACAAAGAGUACCAGACCUGAGCAAUGUCACUUCACGAGAUCAUGAACAAUACAUUAAUUUAUAUCAGUCUAUCAGCUUAGAUGUAUCUCACCACUACGCUAAAAUGCUACGUCUAUUGUCUAUUACUGAGAGCUUACAAAACUUAAUCGUGUGCUCUGGUUUGGAGACGGAAUGUUCAGUAGCACUGGACACACUGUUGAAAUUGCAAGAAGACGUCGAUUCUAGGCUCACAAGACUGACUGCAUUCAAAGAAAACUGGGUUACUUACGACCUCCUUAUUGACAAAAUUGAAGGAUGGAUGAAGAUUGCUAACAGGGAGCUUGAAUUCAUUACUCCAGAAAACAUUACAACUACUGGCAAUCUCAGAAGAUUCUGGGAACUGAAGGCACAGCAUGAAGUGCAUAACAACUUGAAAACGGAUUCAGGAGUACAAUUUGAGAAAGCUCUAGAGAUCCUUCCAGUAUCUGAUGAAAUGGUGCAGCGACAGUUCUUCUCAAAGAUCGAAGACAAAUGGAGUGAUUUAGCCUCUAAGAUUGACAAUAUUCAUUCAACAGCCAUACAGAAUAUUUCUGAUCGCGACGUAUCGUCAGGAGAAAAGCUUAACAUUCUGGAAGAAGAACUAAGAGAACUUCGCGCCUCUUUGGAAAGUCUCAAAGGUGUCAUUAAGAGCGAUGACGAACUCAAUUUAUACAUUGAGCGACUUCAAGUGAUGACUGGUCGUAUCGAUAGGAUUCAGAACGAAUUAGGAAGAUUGAGUCUGUUGCCAACUGCCGAAUCCGAGCGCCUCGGUGCUUUAUUGAAUCAAUCUGGCAUACUCGAUGACCAGAUAUCCGAAGAGCUUGAACGUAGCAUGCUCUUGAAGGAGAAGAUAGUACAGGUGCAGGCUGGUAUCUUGAGAUGCCAGAAGAGUCAACGAAGAGCUCGCUUAACUUUAGAAGAAUGUGAAGCUGCUGAACGGCUGGGCAGCGACGUCGUGGAGCGAGCUUCGGAGAACUGCGACAAACUGAUUGAGGAACUGGCGCUGCAGUGGCGAGAUAUCCUCGCUCUGCGGCAAGACCUGCACACACUACCUAUUAGUCUGCGUGUUGUCGUGUCGCCUACUGGUGUGGAGAGAGACAUUUCAGCUUUACAGGAGACUCACGCGGAACUAGAAGCUGCAUGCAGUGAUCUCAGCAGUCGUCUUCGGGCUAAACUUCAGCUAUGGAGGCGGUUCGAGCGUCAGCUGGAACUGGUGCAAGGGGCAGUGCGCGAGGCCGACUACCUGGUAGAAUUGCUCACGGUCCAGGGACAAGUGGACUAUGAUAGGCUGUUGAAGGCUACUGAGAAACUUGAGACCUUGAGCGAAUCGCUCUCGCGUCGCAGCGGGGAGCUGGUGGGCGAGCUGUCAGCCGCGGCCGCUCCGCUGGAAGCCUCCACCGAGCCAUCCGUGGCAGCCAGCCUCCGGCGGGAGCUUGACGACGCCGCUGCUGCCUACGAACACACUUGCACCAAUCUCAAUCAGCUGUGCGAGAAGUACGCCGCAGCGGUAGAGCUUUGGAAGCGUUACCGCGAGGCGGCGGCGGCAGUGCGCGCCUUCGCCGACUUCCAGGAGGCGCACCUCCACGCGCUGCGGCCUGGGGACGCGCCGCAGACUGCACAGGCAUGUUUGGAACAAGAAGCUCGAGUAGCAGAGCUCCGGUCUCUAGCGGCUCGCGUGGCGGCGGAGACCGGCUCCAGAGCCCUGCAGGCUGACGCCGACGCGCUGGCCCGCCGGCUGCAGCUGGUGGCUGGCGCUGUGCAGGCGCUCGCAGACCUCGGCGAAGCUCGCCAGCUAGCGAGGGCGAAGGCCCAGCAUGCCAAAGAAACUCUCUGCGAUAUGAGACAGGAUCUAACUCCUGUGCAAGAAGACGGUGAAAUCGUCGAAGACAAACUAAUUGCACUGCGCGACAAUUUAAUAGCUCUCGGUAAGAGUGAAGCGGACAUCGCACCUGCGAAGGCUGAACUGCCCGAUAUAGACCGAGACGUUUCCGACGAGCACUCGAUAGUGAGGAUCUUAGAACUAUGGCAGGCCAUGUUCCGAGACACCUUCCUGCACUACCACCGGCUGUCCACCGCGCUGGUCAGGUCGGGCGACGCAGCCACCGCGCUCAGACUGUGGCACGAAUACUUAAUAGAUCUGCAAUCAUUCCUGUCCGGCUCCGUCCCGGCAGACUACGAGAACCUCACAGAACACCGUCGCCUCUGCAGAGUGCACAGAAACCUUCUCACAUCACAGCGAUCUGUACUCAUAAAUGAAAACAGAGAAACAAAGAAUAGGGACUUAGCUGAGAAGUUUGACACGCUGACUAACUUGCACAAUGAAACAUUAGCAAGAAUCGUUGAAAGACACGAUGAAGUAUGCACAAGGAUAGCAGCGUGGGAUGACUACAGAGAAGUGUACACGGAGCUGCUGAGGUGGCUCAAGGAAAUGGAAAGAGAAAAAGAGAAGCUUCAACUUAGAUAUGUACACAUCAAGAGGGUUCACAAAAUACUGGCUAAGAUUCAGAAUCUCUCGGACAAAGUUCCUGAAGGCAGGAAACAAUCGGAAAAAUUGGUAGGAGACCUAAAGAAAGUGUUACAAUUCACUGAAGAAGCGUAUGCUGCAUCUGUAAGGAUGGAGUACGCGGGCAUGGUGAAGAGAGUGGAUAACCUACAAGCCAGCCUCGACACCUGGAGAGACUUCUUAAAUAGGAUACUCGGCCUCAUUAAUGAAUACGAAAAUCUUUCAAAUAAUGAACUUAACAAGCUUUACACCAAAACUCAAAACGAUAUUAUUUCAUACUCUGAUGAAGAAAAAUUAUCAAGGCCUCAACUCAAGAAAGCAAUCGAAAAAUACUCAGAUUUGCGAACAAAGGUCGUUAAGACUGAAACUCAAAUAGAAGCUCUAAGUGUCAUUCAAGAACAACUAAAGGAAUGUUUGAGUCCUCAAGACAUAAGGUUAGUGAAUCAAAGGGUAUGGCAGCUGCGUCAACAGCGUGCCGACCUGGAGCAUCAGCUGUCUAUCAUCAUCCACCGACUACAAGAAAGACUGGAAGUAUACACGAUAUUCGACUCACGACUCUCUCGGUUCACUGAAUGGAUCACCGCCCUCGAAACACGACUGGAAGCCACAAGCCAAAGCACAGAAAUCGGAGCAAUUGAUCCUCAAGACCUGAUCAGAAGGAUAAACUCCGAAGUACAAGCGGAAACGGCGAUGAAGGAACGUGAAUUCGAAUGGCUCACCGAAACUGGUACAACUCUAGUAGAACUUGCGAAGAAAGAUGAGAAGUCUUACAGUAAGAGUACAUCUAAACAACUUAAAGACGUGCAAGAACGUUGGCACAAAAUGCAAGAGACUGGGAGAUCUAGGAUAGCAAAGAUUAACGAACUUCUGGAAACAAUAUCACAACUAGAAGAACGGCUCACCGAAAUAAGGUUAAAACUACAUUCCAUUGAAUCUAACUUAUCAGCACCAGUUGUACUAGAACAUCUAACGACCAAGGCUGUCGAUGAGAAAUUCAGAGACUGCGAUGACAUUCACAAGAGUAUAGAGCACCAGAGCGGAGAUGUAGGGGAGACUCUAAACCUCUGUGAACUUGUGUUUAGUGAUCCCGAUGUUGUCAAAGGUAACUUCGAUCUCAGAAACUUGCACACAGGCGUAGACAUCGUUGAAAAGAAAUGGAAGAACAUUUGCGAUAUGUCUGAAUUACGUAAGAACGCUCUUAAAGAAAUCCGUAAAUCAGCUGAACUGGCCAACUCAUUACUACCGAAGGUUGAAAAGAAACUUGUCUCUAUUGAAAGAAGAGUGGAAAAAAUUGAAACAAGAAAGCAUCGCGGAGAACCAGAAGAUGAAAGUGUAUCUAAAGCUGUAAUAAAAGAUUUGGAAAGCCUUGAAGAGGAUAUCAAGAGGUUAGAAGAUGCGUACAGUAGGAUUGCUUCUGCCCGAGGGGUGGAGCUACGAGGGUCGGGUGCAGAUGACGCAGCGCGACUGCGUGCUGCGGUGCGGCGCUGGCAGCAACUGCGUGGCCGCGUGGAUGCAGCCGGGGCCGACGCUCACAGGCAGUUCGUAGCUGCGCAUGGCAAGGCUGUGGUCGCGUUAGCGGAGGCCGAUGUCAGGCUGACGCGAGCUCUACACCUAGCACCUGCACCGCUCGACAAAGAGAACACUUUGAAAGAACUUGACGGUGUCGAACAAGAGCUCUUUGAAUGCCAGGGUCUAGUGGACGAUGCGGACCGCCUCGCGGCUGCUGUGUCCACGGUGUCUGGUGUCAACGACAUGGUGGCGGAGUACCGCGCGCUCUUCGCCGACGUCCGAACAAGACUAGACCUCGCCCGCGCUGAGGUCGUUGGAGAUGUUGAUUCUGCUGUACAGGUUGACACUCUAAGGUGGGAAACGGAUGCUGCCCUUCAAGUAGACACCCUGACCUCUAAGGAAACCUACAGGGCUGAGCUCUCCACUGCCGUUAAAGAGACCACGGAGGCCCUAGAGGCUCUCCGGGCAGCUCUUAACUCCCAACCCAACGAGAAAGCGAGCAGCGACGAACUAGCCACUGCCGCCAAAGAAAUAGCCAAAGCUGGUGCCAAACCUGGACAGACACUGGAGCUCGCCAAGCAUUUAUCUGAGCUUCUCCUCACCGAAUGUGACGCAACGGAAGACGAGGCGAUGCUGAAGGAAGUAGAAUCUCUAUCCCUAACAUACGAAGACCUGCUCAACCAGGCCAAGAAACGGGAACUCCAAAUCAACAACUUGAGGUUGCCCCACUCAGCGUCGUACGCGCUCACGUGCGAACACGAGUCUGGUCGGCUGACGUGUCCGCUGUGCUCUGAGCGCAACUGGAAGCAGCUGGACAACGACCUGUGGCGGCUCGAGCAGUGGCUGCAGUUCGCUGAGGCCACGGACGAGGCCCGCACCGGCCCGCCCGAGCAGUACGACGCGCUGGAGGACGUUAUACAGGACCAUCGAGAAUUCCUUUUGGACUUGGACUCGCACAAAUCGAUCGUGGUGUCCCUGAACGUGGUGGGCACGCACGUGGCGGCGCACGCGCGCUCGGCCGCCGCCGCCGAGCGGGUGCGCGCGCGCCUCGCCGCCGCCAACGCGCGCUGGGACACCGCCUGCCGCGCCGCGCACGCCUGGCAGGCCGCGCUGCAGCGCGCGCUGCUGCACAACCAGCAGUUCCACGACAUCGUGGUGGAGCUGGUGGCGCAGCUGGCGGCCGCCGAGCGCGCCGUGCGCCAGCGCGAGCCGCUGCGCCUGGCGCGGGAGGCGGGCGCCCUGCAGCGCGACUUCCGGCGCUUCGCCGAGCUGCGCGACGAGCUGCGCCGCGCCGAGCCGCGCGUGCUGGCGCUGCACGAGGCGGCGGCGCUGCUGGCGCCGGGCGCGGGCCCGCACGCGCGCCUGGCCGAGCUGCGCCUGCGCCUGCAGUCGCUGCGCAAGCUGUGCUCCGUGUACGCGCUGAAGCUGGGCGCGGCGCUGGCCCGCCGCCCCGCCGCGCCCGGCAGCGCCGCCGCGCUCGCCGCCGCCGCCGCCACGCUCGCGCCGCAGCUAAUGGAGGAGGACGAGGAAGAGCUCUCCGGCUUGCAACUGCCGCCGCUCGACGAAUCACAGCCGGUACUGGAGGACGAUGAGGCGGAGUCGGGCGCGGGCGAGGGCGCGCUGGUGGGCGUGCGGCGCGGGCUGCGCUUCGUGUGCCGCGUGGCGCGCGCGUCGCUGCCGUUCCAGGCGCUGCUGCUGCUGCUGCUGGGCGCGGCCGCGCUGGCGCCGCACGCGGGCAGCGACUGCAGCGCGCGCCCGCUCGGCCUCGACCCCGUGCUGCGCUACCCCGACGGCCCGCCGCCGCUCUGAGCCCGCCGCCGCUCUGGGCCCGCCACUCACACAUUCCACCCGCGACCCUAUGUAUAUCUAUCGCAUCAGCGCUACGUUACUUAAAUAAUUAGCUAGUAAGGACUGUUUAUAAAACGUCGAAAAUAAAGCCUUUGCAUUGAUUCAA